GGAGGAGGAGGGAGGAGGAGGAGAAGGGGGAAGAGGAGGGCUCGCUUAUCAGCCGCGCAAGGUGCUGCAGCGGCUGGAGCCGAAGACGGAGAGCGGGCGCAAGAAAAGCGGCGAGGCGAAACAUCCUAGUCGAAGCGCUCCAGGUAAAGGAACCGUGAGGCUCAGCAGGAGACGGCAGGGGAACAAAAGCCGCGUGUGUAGAGCUGGGGGGGGGGGGUGCAAGGCGAGAAAGGGGUGAGGGGAACUUGGCAAAAUGGAAGCGGGGUAGAUUGUGGCGUGGAUGGGCGCUCCUUCCCCGUUUGGGGUUGUGGUCGUUGUCUUUAUUUUGUGUGUGUGUGUGUGUGUGUGUGUGUGUGUGUGUGUGCAGCUUCCUUCCUUGCCUCUAUUGUGCGCGCACUGCACACAAUCAAUAAGGCGCAUCCCGGCUCUUGCGGAUUCCCCCCCCCUCCCCACCUCGCAAAGCGACGGCUGUUUGGUGCGUGAAGGUUUGCAGAUCAAAAAAAGGCAUUAAAGUUGGGGACGGAGUUUCUUGCGAAGGGUGGGGGGCGAGGAAGCUGAAGUGGCAGAGGGGUUGGUGGGGCUGGGUUGUGGAGGAAGGCGUGAAGGCGAAGAAACUUCCCACUUGGGCUUGAAGGCUGUUGGUCGAGUGCUUUUGCAGGGUUAAGUUCUGUAUGCAGAUAUUCACGGUUUUGUGCCCGUUGUGUGAAGGUGCCUGAUUUAUUUUAAUUUGUAAUAAUAAUAAUAGGCUACACCAGAGAACUGUGCAUGGGGCUCUUUGGAGUUCCGGCUAUCCAUGGUGGUUUAUGGGACUGCGGUGUUCUGGAAAAAAGAACACAACCAUUUAAAAUAAGGGCCACCGUGUGUAAAAGGAAGGGGUGCCUCAGAACCAAAGCUGCAGCAACCACUUGUCAGUUGGGGAUUCCACAAUCAUGCACCGGUUGUUUCUUCUUGACUCUGCCAUGGUUUUAAGAAUGAUUUCUGGGAAAGAAAAAGCUGCCACCUUGCAUAAACCACACAUUUAGUAUUCAAUUUAAGAGUCUCCUUGAGUUACUUCUCAGAACGUUUUUCUUUCUCCUUACAAAUUAGCAUCCAUUUCUCCUUUCCAUGUGAUUGUAUCUCCAUAUUUUAUGUACUUAUAGCUUAAUUUAUUAUUAUUAUUUUUUAGAAAUCCUCAUUCUGCCAUACCUUGUCUGGUAGGGAUUUCAUUAGUGGGGCUAGUUGUCAUAAGAAGACAGAUUUGUGGAAGUUUGGGGGUGAUUAAAGGAAUAGCUUUGUUCAAAAAGACUGCGUGGAAGGAAUUGGUUUCCAAAGCAAACCUGGCUAUACUGACCCAAGCUUGCAGGGCUGUAGCAUAGGCUUUGCUACAAAGGCAAAUGGCUGCGUAGAGUGAAAGGGAGAGCUACAAGAGGUUAGUGAGCAGGCAGUGCCUUCUCUUAUUUGCCUGUGUUCUGGUCAUCCCUCACCCCCUUGAAAUAGCAAGUCAAGAACAUCAUUAAAUAAAUAGAAACCACAUCUUACAUUAUCAGAGGAUCUGCUCUGGUACACAGACCCAAUCCUUUUGCUACUAGGUCUGUUACCUGCCAAACAGCCAGCCAGAGCUGCAUCCAUAUCGGAAUUGUCACAUUGCAGAGGCAAGGCAUUGCUUCCAAAAUGCAUUAACUCCUUUCCUGGCUGUGUCUGAUGCUCAACAGACUGUUCCUACAAUCUGGGGACGACUCACCAUGCCUUUUUGUUGUACCUAUUGUCCUCUUAUUAAUAAUGAUUUCUAACAUUAAUGAUAGGAUGAAUGAAAGUAUGAAUUUUUAAAAAACAUCCUAGAGGUAAAACGAAGAUACUAUACAAAGGAUGAAUUUUCACCACCCUGUGGAAAUUUGCAUGCAAGGGUUGUUUAAGUACAUGAUCAUCCAUACUGCACUCACCAAUGCAAAAAGCACUGUUUCUGUUGGAUAUAUUGAAAAAUAGGAUUUCCCUGCUUUUAUAAAGAUUUGAGGGAAAUCCAAACACUUUCCAGUCUAUUAUUGAGAUAGCUCAGCAUCUGUAGUAGGCAAAAAUGCUAAGCGUUCUCAGAGCAGUGGGGCAGAAAAUGCGUACAUUUCUGGAUGAUUGUUUCCCCAUCUGGGAUAGCUGAUUUCAUACUUCUUGUAACGGGAGUUUAAGUGUUUUUUUUAAAAAGAAAGAAAGAAAAGAGAGCUGCUUAGCAUCUCACCCUUUGAAUCAGGAGGAUGUGACUCAUUUUUCCUUUCACCACUCUGAUUCAUAAUAUAUUCCCCUCUUUCUUUUAUACAUAUGGAUUUGAAGCCCCAGAAGGCAUUGGCAAGGUCAUCUGUUUGAAUGCUUGUGGGGAGUUAUUUCAUUGGAUUAUUGGAAAAUGUCAAGUAUAAAUAGAAUUCCAACGUGAAUCUAUAAAUAACCAGCCAAAGCCAAAUCUACACCUCUUCAAUUAUAAUUACACAGCAGAAAUUUAAUUCACAAUUGUUCCUAAAGGCUUGGGUGUUCUUUGCAUUUAUUUGCUGUGGCACUCAUAGAAGAGGGGAACAAAAAGUCGAGGAGAGCCUAAAUUCAAAUAUCACAUCAAAAAUGGACUUGUGGGGGUGAUUUGGAGGCAAGUCCUAGAUUCUCACCUUCACUGCAUCAUUUGUUGCAUAGGAAUCACUCAGCCUUGCCUACCUCAUGGGGUUGUGGUGAGCCCUGUGAAAGACUUGGCAUGGUAAAAUGCCCUAUAAGCAGCGUUAGUAACAACUUCAAUAACAAUCAUGCUUUGUACCAGUUGUAUCUUUGUUGAUGCUGCUUUUAAAUAUAUAACACAAUGCAUGGCACAGGAUAGCGAGAGGUUGUUCUCUGGAAUGGGCAUUGCACUUGCAUAGAGCUCAGCUGUUGUUCCCAAUGCAGGUACCAUAGCUCAGUGAGAGCACAUGCUUGGCAUGCAGAAGGUCCCAAGUUAAAUCCUUGGCAUCUCCAAUUGGAAGAAUUUGGUAGCAGAUGAUGUGAAAGACCCUUUCACUUGUGUCAGAUGCUAGCAAUGAGGUCAUCCUUGAUAGCUGUGCCCCCCUUUUUUUUACCAAGAAUGAGCACCUUGUAAAGUUAAACUUUACAUGCCCCCCAAAUAAUUACUACAAUGUCCUAUGUGCGUUCUACAGAAUGGGGAUGCAGCCUUGCAGGUGUUGAGGCUGCAAAUCCAAGGCUGACAGGCAUUGUGGUAUCUCUGCAUUAGCCUCUGUUAUUGCCAUUUCCACUGCUUCUAAACUGCGGGUGUAGGGAAUGUGCACAUGAAAAUGGCAUGGGCAAGCUCACAUCAUGUCAUCCUUCUGAAAGAAUUGUAUAUCUCUUAUUUCUGGGCCUGACCUGGGUCUCUGUUUACGUGGCAUUCCAUAUUCUGCCCUCUUUGAGAACCUGGAAGCUGAAGCUGUUAUUUUUUAGCACAGGCCAGCACAAAUACAAGUUUGCAUGCCAAUUAUAAAAUGUGAACACAAUUUUCUAAUAAUACAGUGGUACCCCGGCUUACAAACACCUCGGGUUACAAACACUUUGUGUUGCAGACUCCGCUAACCCAGAAGUAGUACCUCGGGUUAAGAACUUUGCCCCAGUAUGAGAACAGAAAUUGUGCAGCGGCGGCAGUGGGAAGCCCCAUUAGCUAAAGUGGUACCUCAGGUUAAGAACGGGCCUCCGGAACGAAUUAAGUUCGUAACCAGAGGUACCACUGUACUUGGUCUGCUGUGGAGCUUUUAGGACCAUUGGUUUUAAUGUGGCUUGCUGACAGGGGCAUCUCACAUACAGAUGGAAGUGGGAAGUGCAAUAUGCAUGCUGGAGGAAGCAUAUGCUGAUGUAGGAAAAACAUGCUAAGAUCUUUUCCCCAAAGCAAAGUGAUGGGAAACUCAGAAAUCAACAUAGUUACUCAAAGGUGGGAAAUGUUAAUGUGAAUGAGAUGCACAGAAUGUUUGAAAGAAGAGUGAUUCAGAGCAAGCCAAGCUAAAGAGUUUGCCACCUUAUAAAGCAUAACUGGAUGACUAAUUUAUGCAGAUAAGAACAGGUGGGUUACCAAUUAUUGGGGCCAUAGACUAAACAUUAUUCUGUACCCCUCAACUUUUAUGCCCGGUUCAGAUGCAAACCCUGGUUUGCCACCAAGCCAUAUAACCAAAGCCAUCAGUGGAUAUAAUGAUAUUGAGGACAUUUUGCAGGUUUUCAUCAUUCUUAAAGCUGUACUUUAGAAAAGCGAAAACAAACCCCCAUAAGUAUGAUCAACAUGGCUACAACAGAUGCAUAUAUUCUGGUCUGAGAGUAUUGGAGAGAGACCUUCACUGUGUCCCACUCCUGAAGAAUAUCUAUCUGAUUAUGUGUUCAUCUACUCUUCUAAAAAUGUGCGGGGGGGGGGGGGACGGAGGCGGAAUUGUAGCUUUAUUUGGUUGUGUGUGUGAAAUUGCCUAGACUAUUAAUUGCUUGUAAUCUGGUUUGAAUUUCCUAUUGCCUUUUAAUUAUGCAGCCCAAGAGGAAAUGGCUGUAAUUAGGAAUACACCGAACAGGCUUCUUACACCCUUCAAUGAGGCUUUUGCCUUCCUACUUGUGUUGGUAAAGUUAUCAAGCUACUGAUGCUAGAUCAACUCUUCAUACUAUCAAGAAUUGCAGUAAGGGGGCAAUAGGUUUUAUUAUGCAGCAGAGAUGAUCGUUGAUACACAGUCUCAAUGGAAAGAUUUUGAUUGCUAGGGUCUGACUACCAUAUAUGGAGUUGGAAUGAAAUCUUUCUCCAGAUCUGUUUCUUUGGAAAACUUGUAAUUUUCCUUAAUUUCUUAACCUUGUAACACCUGUAUUAGUUUUUAAUUCUCACCUAAAUAAAAGCUUCUUUCCCAGGACUAGUAUCAGCUUUGGGGAUAGGGACAGUUUCUGCAGACUGUGGCACACAGGGAAAAGGGUUUGUUUUAUUAUUAUUAUUAUUAUUAUUAUUAAGGAAAAUACCCUACUUAUGCACAGUGGUAUUGAUUCUUUCCCCAACCUAAUUUUCAAAGUCUUUAAUAUUUGCAUGCUAAAUCUUAUAUUCAUUUAACGUCGUAUAUAUUUUGGCCUUGAGUCAGGUUGCUCUGCAGGCAGUUUUCUGCAGUAACACACUGUAGUGUGCAUUGUAGAGGUUGACUUUUGAGGAACAAGAACUUUCAUGGGCCCAUCUUUGGGGGAAACAAAUGAAUAGCUGACGUCUGUUACAUUGUGCAAGCCUAUGGUUUUCUAUUAAUCCUUUUUUAAAAAAAAAUUCUCAUUGAUUCCAAAGAUCAGGUGACCAUUGUCUUAAAUAUACAUGAAAUCACUAAUGGCAACAGGUCAGCACAAAUAGGGGGAAACAAGAAAAAAAGGUACAGAAAUAUGCGAAACAAGUUUUGUCAGUUCUUUUUUGUGUUCAAGCCUGUGAAAGGUGAUUAAAAACAAACAAACAAACAAACAAGCUCCUUUAAUGACAAUUCCAUAUGCCCAUUGUACGUUGGGGGAAGACCUACUUAAUCAUAUAGUUGCACAUUUUAUAGCAGUAAAUCAAAUGAUGUGCAUCAAAACAUUAUAUAUAUAUAUAUAUAUAUAUAUAUAUAUAUAUAUAUAUAUAUAUAAAACUGAAAAGGUGUUAUUAAGUUGAAAAGGAGCGCAAGGGUCACCUCUGAUGAAGGACAUUCCACUACUUUUCAAGCCAGCCUGCCCUAUGGUUGAAAAACUGAUCCUUUUGGAAAGGUAUUUCUAAGGUUUUGUAAAUCCUUUGCCUUGAAAUUUGAAUCAAUUGGUUUGGGUCCUACCACCUGGAGCAGGGGUCAGCAAACUUUUUCAGCAGGGGGCCGGUCCACUGUCCCUCAGACCUUGUGGGGGGCUGAACUAUAUAUAUAUUUUUGGCGGGGGACUGAACGAAUUCCUAUGCCCCACAAAUAACCCAGAGAUGCAUUUUAAAUAAAAGCAUUUUCCAGUUUGUUGAUACCCUUUUAAAACUUUGGUGCCCAGAACUGGUGUCCUAGGUGAGAAUGGAACAAAGCAGAAUAGAGUGAUACCGUUACUUCUCACGAUCUGGACCCUAUAAUUAUCUUAAAGGAACAUUUCCAUUUUUACUGUGAAACAAGUCAAGUCUCACUGAGUUAAAUGAUACUUACUUCCUAGUAGGUAUUUUAUGUAGACAGUUGUGUCAAAUCAACAGAUGCAUGUCAGCUUUCUGAUGGAAAGCUAGGCAAAUAAUUACACAAAUUCUAAUUAAUGUAUAUGCACAAAACUAUACAGUGUUUAAGAAAAUAUUAAUUUUGGUCAUGAUGAAGUCAUUGCAAACCAUUCAGUUAUUUUGUUACAUUAAUACAUAGGGCAUGUAAAGCUGACAUAUAUUUUAAUCUGUAAUUUUAGUUUAUUAUGUAUACUUAUAAUCUAUGCUUUUAACUGUUGAUUUUAUUCAUUCUGCUUUUUAAACUUGUUUUUAACAUUUUUUGGUAACUGUCUUAAUGUGUGUAUUUUAUAUAUGUGAAUUGCUGAGAGGUUUUCUUCAGAGCUAAGUUAUAUUCAAAUUUUAUUAAACAACUAAAUAAAAUUAAGUUAAUAAAAUACUGUAUAAUAUAAUAGAAAUUGCUUGCACAGGAACAAUAAAAUAUAUUGGCAGCCUUUUCUAGUGCUCAGAUUUGUAAACCUUUCCUAGUGUGAAUUUCACUAGGUCUUGCCUUCACAAUGAUCUGGUUCAGAUGUAAUGUUAGACUUGGCUUAGCAUUACAUCAGUGAGCCUUGGGCUUGUGUGCCCCCAUUCCCCUGCCUCUUCUCUGAUGAAGCCACUUGUAAAACAUGAAACCACAGUUUAGAUUACGUCUGAAAGAGGCCAGCAUGUUCUAUCAGAAUAAAUCACCUAUGUCCUCACUGAAUUUUUUCUGGAGGCAAAGGCACUACCUGAUGGUACUUUUUGCCACUCAGGUAGUUUAAAGACUAUGGUUUAAUAUGAAGCCAGCAAUAUAUUUGCCUGCAGAAUCACCUGUGGGUAGCAAAGUCAAUGUUUAGUGCAAAGUGAUGCACGUUGGGGCAAAAAUCCCUAACUUCCCAUAUAUGCUCAUGAGAACUGACCUGGCUUUGACUGACCAGGAAAGAGAUCUGGGGGUUGUGGUGGAUGGCACAAUGAAAAUGUUGACCCAGUGUGUUGUAGCUGUGAAAAAGGCAAGUUUCACAUUAGGGAUAAUUAGAAAAGGGAUUGCAAAAUGAAACUGCCAUUAUCAUGUCUAUGGCGCAGCUGCGCUUGGUGUACUGUGCUCUGUUCUGCUGGCUACACCUGAAAAAGGACAUCGUAGAGCUAGGAAAAGGUGGAGAAAAAGGCAACCAAAAUGAUCAAGCAGCUACAGCAGGCAUAGGCAAACUCCGGCCCUCCAAAUGUUUGGGACUACAAUUCUCAUCAUCCCUAGCUAACAGGACCAGUGGUCAGGGAUGAUGGGAAUUGUAGUCCCAAACAUCUGGAGGGCCGGAGUUUGCCUAUGCCUGAGCUAGAGCAACUACUCUGCGAGGGAAUAUCACGGUGUUUGGGGCUUUUGGAUAAAAUGGUGUGUAGCUGGUGAGGGCAUAAUACAGGUGUAUAAAGUUAUGAAUAGUGUUGAGAGAGUGGAUAGAAGCCAGUUUCUCCCCUCUUUCUUGAUAUCACCCAUUGAAGCUAAAUGUUAGGAGAUGCAGAACUGACAGAAGGAAGUGUUUAAACUCUGGAAUUCAGUGCCGCAAGAUGUAGAGGUGGCUAUAAAAGUAGAUUAGACAUGGAGGAUAAGGAUAUGAAUGGCUACUAGUCAAGAUGCCUGUGUACUGCCUCCAGCCUCAGAGUAUGCCUCUGAGUACCAGUCGUUGGGGCCACAUGUGGGAGAGAAUGCUACUGCGCUCAGGUCCUACUUGUGGGCUUCCCAUGAGCAUCGAAUUGGCUGCUUUGAGAACAGGAUUCUGGGCUGGAUGAGCCUUUCGCUUAUCCAGCAGAGGCUCUUAUGUUCUUAUGAACUCAUCAUUCUGUAAGCAGUAAACUGCAUAAUAACAUUUUUAAAGACAGAAAUGGUGUUCACAUCAGGAGCAGGGAUUGGAACUGACAAACAAAGUCCAAAAGCCACUUGAGCUCCCCCCCCCUCAAUAAAAGUAUUGGCAAUCACUUGCGUAUGUUAGUUAAGGUCACAGUUUUGCAGGCCAGGUUGUUGUUUCAUUUAGGGCUGAGUGGCUUUCUGGAAAAGGAUACUGCUUGGGGGCCUUCAUCAGGGUGCUGCAGUUGCAGCUUCCUGUCACAUCCGAUUAAUUCUGUGCCCUGUUAUCAUUCACUUAGCCUGUGAUGCUAAUGCAACAUGAUGGACUCAUAUUAUUGACUGGAUUAUUUUAUUUACAGUCCCAUAAUUUAGUUAAUUGAAAUGGAGCGUCUGAUUAUGAAACCAUGGAGUAUUUUCUUUCCUCCUCCUCUUCCUAAAGCAUUUACGCCCUCUGUCCUUGCAAAGCCCAGAAGACUUUACAAUGAUGUGUUUUGGCAACUGAGGCUACAGUCUUGUACCAACUUACCUGGAAGCAAGCCCCGCUGAAUGCAAUGGGACAUACUUCAGAGCUGACGUAUAUAGGAUUGCACUGUGAGCGAAUUUAAUUAAAAUAUUAAUGGUGCGCUCUAAAACUAGUUUAUACACCUGUGCCCUUUUUUCUGAGGGAGGAACUCAGCAGUGGCAGGAGCUCUUCCAUGGAAAGGGGUUGGGCAGGUGAAAUCUUCUGAGCAGAAGUGAAAUGUUAUCACAUUUGUGGGAAUUAGAGUCCGCUCUGUCAUUAGACAGAGUGAGGUAGUUGCCUCAGGUGACAGAUAGUUUGGGGAAGCAAGAAGUGGUGGCAAAUUGUGGAGGGCUGAUCUGUGUGUGCAACGCAUGCUGCUCAGCACCAACUGAGCUAUCCUGGGUGUGGUGUAGAAUGCUGUCUCAAUGCCAGUGUUGACAUAAGAAUCAACUGCUAAUGUGUUUGGCCUCAAGUGGCAAACUAUCUUGGGCAGCCCCUUAGACUAGAUCUAGCUCAUUUAGAAUGAGCUAGUGCUACGCUGGCAUUUUAUUUUUGUUUGGAAGUGCCCAUCAGGACCAGCUCAAAACAUAUUGCUGCCUGAGGCAAAAUACAAGAAGAAAGCUGACUGGGCUGGCAGUUACCUUUUUUUACUUCAGUACUGGCAAUAGGCCAGUGUCACACACCACACCAAAGAGAAGCAGACUAGUUUAAAAGGUGCAGGAUAGACUGUGUGCCAUAUACAACUCUGCUUUCAAACAGAGGAACUUGUGGCUGGGGGCUGCCGCUGAUAAGUCCUCAAGCAUCUGCUGCCUGGUGUGAUCACUUCACUCUGGCUAAUGGUAGGGUUGGCCCUGGUACCUUUUCCUGCGAAAAGAGGUUUCUGGUGCCCUUUCCAUCUCAGGUUUCUGCCACUGUGUCUUCAGAUACUCUGUACUAGGAAAACCCAAUUGCUGGGUGUAGUUGUACACAGAUGUUGCUAAAUUUGCAUAAUGCCAUAAAAAUCACACACAUAAUUUGUAAAAUUUAUUACAACAACCAAGCAGUCUGAAUGUUAUUCUGGCUCCCUAUAACCUGUAGCAGUACCUGCAAAGAUCCCAUCGGUCAGCUUGCCUUUGGCAGAUGCUGCCAAUGCAUAUUACGGUAGUUUCUCUGUGCAAAAACAAAGCUAUGUGUUUUCUUUGAUAACAAACAUAUUGAAAUUCUUAGGAUGCCAAAAUCCAUGUUGCCUGCCACAUUAUGUCUUCCUGUACGUCUUUGGUUGCGUAGUAAGACUUGGGCUGUGACAGUGCAGUACUCCAUCUAAGGGUAUCAUUUCAUAAUCACAAACUCAGCUACUGCAGAAACAGUGCACUGAAAUAUAAAACCUGAAGUUGAAGACAGUUUGUUAAAGGGUGUGUAAAAUGAUUUUAUGAGGUCCAGAACUUAUACAGUUUUCUCCCAGUUUGGCAUUUUCCCAAAUUGAGUACCUUUACUGAGUGACAGUUGACUUGUCCAACCUUUGCCUUUUGAAAUCAAUACAAGACAUAAUAACAGCCCUCCUAAUGAAUGCUGAUGCCUAUAGUACCUUACUUGACUUGUAAAGGAUUUUCAGUGAGUAAUUUUGGUAAAGCAUCAUCUUCUGAAUGAGCAAUUUGUUUACUUAACAGAGCACGCAGAUUCUUAUGUCUUAGCAACGCUUGGGGCGUAUCUCACAAAGAGCUCCUACACUCCUGAUUUGCUGUUUUAGUAUUGAUGUGGAAGUGCCAGGAGAGCAAAAAUCCCCCAUACACAGGACUGACACAUUGUGCUGACUUUGCUCCUCUGUCUGUACAGAGCACCUGCUGUGCAAGCCCUGCGCUGACAGACAGAUGCAUGCAUGACUGCAGUGCAGAUGAGUGGAAUAUUGGUAAAUGCUGAACACAGGCAUAGCAUUGGUGCUGAGGGGUUUGGGUCAAUUCCGAGGAGAAACACACAGAGAGAUGCCAUUAGAUGUGAAAUUUAUUAACUACUGUAUUACUUGGGAAUUGUCAGUUGUGUUAAUGGGAUUGCGUUUAAAUGAUUUACACUUAGAGCAAAGCAUUUGAGAUCCUGUUAGGAUCUCCAGGUAUACUAGGAUCGUGUCCUGAGGAUAUUGGUUAUAAAAGAAAAAAGAUUUCAGGAAAGGUUGUUUGUGGAACGUGACGCCAUCAUCACAUUGGUUGCUAAGUAAGUACCUGGUGAUUGGAACAAACCCAGGUAGCAGAAAAGCUUCUGGUGUUGUCAAACACUGAUCAACAGCUGGUCAACAGAUUAGCACAGUGAAUUCAUAGCCCUUCGGGACCGAAGGCCUUCCCAUACCAAAUGCUGGUUGACCUUGAAUCCUGUGAAGGGGUGGCCCACACGUUUGUCAUGAGCAUCACUGAUCAUUCCAUCCAGUGCCCAUGUUCAGCACCAAGACAGGAAAACAGCACCUAAACCAUCAAGUCAUCAAUUCCAUGGAGGGUGUGUUGCGAGACACUCUACUUUCUGUGGACCUUGGUAUAGUGUGGAGUAAAGUGAUCUCUUCCAUGUCCGUUCAUUCUUGUCUGGCAGGAUAGGCAAGGCUAUUUAGUGCACGAUUCAUUGUGAUGAAACCUUCUCUGCCUGUCGAAGGAACCAACUCUGCAUGACAACGGUGCAAAGCACUGCUGAAAUUGUCUCUCUCACUGUGUCUGUUUGCAGUUGGGAAGGUUAUAACAUUAUUAAAAUACAUUAGCUUUAGCAAAGCUCCUUGCUUGUCUCAGUAACAUUGCAUUAAUGUUUGUCUUGGCUUUGGUACGUAAGAGGGUUUUUCUUUUUUUUAAAAAAAUCCCCUCUUAUUGCCUUUAUAGACAUUUAAUUUUUAUCAAGAGCUGGAACCAAAAUCUCUAGAUUCCAAAUGACUCUGUAGGAGAGCCCUCAGGAUCCUGUAAUUCUUCAAAGAAUCCCACAGAGUUCAGUGGCCUUUCACGCUCACUUUGCAUGAAUCUGCACUAUUUUGGCUUGCAGCUUUGUUAGAGUUCUGGGUAACAGCUCGGUACUGGGUUGUGGUUUUUUUGAAGUUUCUUCAAGCAGCACUAAUGCAGAAAGCUGACAUUUUCUGUGUGGAAGAAGCUUAAGAUUUUGAGCAUUGCAGCCCUCAAGCGAAGGCUGCCUGAAGGCACUUUACUAUGGUGGUUCUCCACACUGGAAGCAUAAUAAUUAAAAGUCAUUUACUUCAAUGUAUUGGCCCAAAUAUGGGCAGUGCCUCCAUGAUAGCAGAUGUAGGGGAUGUGCAGUGGUGGUACAGAUAUAUUUAAAGACUAGCACAGUACACUGUAGCUCAGUAGCUUAAGCCUAGCAUGCUUACCAGGUUUUUGCCCUUGGGACUGUGAGUUUAACCCCUUUGAUCUCCCUUGCUUUCCUUAGGUGCCAUAAACCACUGUUAUUACACUACGAUUAAAAGCACGUUAUAUUCCUACAUGUAGAAAAUGAGUAUAUCAGGGUAAAGACUGACUUCGACAUCUGUAGCAGGGAUUUUUAAUAUGGGAUAGCAUUCAGUUGCAUUCAGUUUUAUCAUAAUAUGAUGUAUUUGUCUAGGGGACCUCUAAAACAUUGUUCUUUGGCCUGUGACUCCACGUUCCAGUCCCUGAGGCUCCGACCCCUUAGGCUCAGGGAUGAUUCUCAGAAGACCUGCACUAUACACUUAAAGCAGUGUCAUACCACUUUAAACAGUCAUGGCUUUCCCCCAAAGAAUCAUGGGAAGUGUAGUUUGUUAAGGGUGCUGAGAGUUGCUCGGAGACCCCGUUCCCUUCACAGAGGUACAAUUCCUAGAGUAGUUUAACGAUCAGUCCCUUUUCCCAGGGAACUCUGGAAAAACAGGGGCAAUUGGUGCUUCAAAGGGAAGCAUCACCUGGUGUCAGGUGACUGACAAUGGGUGGUUCUGCCUACCUGCCAGAAAAAAAGUUCCCUACCCCUGGGCUAAGUGGUCAUCCAAAAAGGUAAGGGGAAGUGGUCCCUUCUGGUCUUCAUGUAAUAUGAGCACAGUUUUUAAACAGUGGAAAGAAAGCACAGUGAAAUAUAGGGACAUUGCAUUGGAUGCCAGUACGUUUACAUAGUUUCAACCCUAUGGGCAGCAUUCAAACAGGGAUACUGGAAGGAUUAGGAACUAUUUCCUAACAACUGCCCAUGACUCUUCAGCUUAGCACAUGUCACACAUUUGAAAACCAUGAGUGUACAUGAAGGAGUGACCAAGUAAUAUUUUGAAUAUAGGCUGCUCAAAAAUCAAUGCUUGUUGGACUGUUCUGUCUGUGUGAGGAAUACGUAUUAUCUUUCUCCUAGAGUCCAGAGUUUAAAAUGACAGAGUAAUUUACCCUUCACAUUUAAAACAAAGCUUUUGUUUCUAAAAUGAAAGGGAGCUAUCAUGGGUGGGUUUUCAAAAUUACUGUUUCCAAAUAGUUCUCUUACGGACUUGACUCCCAUUUGCACCUGAUGCUCUAUCAGCACCAAAGACCAGUUUCUGCUUGGCUUGCUUAUAUGCACAGCCAUCUUUGAGAGCCAUUUUGAUACUUGAAACCCUACCAUCAUUAUUUAACAACUGACAAUAAAAUCUGCAUUUUUAUACAGGUACAUAGCUAAUCAGCUUUUUAUAAGGGAAAUAGCACCUAUGGUGUAUUGCCGGGAUGGGGCCCUUAGAUGUUGUUGGACUCCUUACAUUUGUCCCUAUUGAAUUUCAUUCUGUUAAUUUGGGCCCAGUUCUCCAAUCUGUUAAGGCCAUCUUGAAUCCCCAUUCUGUCUUCUGUGGCAUUAGCUACCCCUCCCAGUUUGGCGUCAUCUGCAAAUUUCAUGAGCACCCCCUCACUUCCUUCAUCCAAGUCGUCGUAUCUAAAGAUGUUGAACAGCAGCAGGCCCAGACAGAACCCUGCAGCACCCCACUGGUCACUUUUUCUAAGGAUGAUGAGGAACCAUUAUAGUGAGCACUCUGGGUUUGGUCAGUCAACCAGCUACAAAUCCACCUAACAGUUACCUUGCCCAGCCCACAUUUUACCAACUUCUCCGCAAGAAUAUCUUGGGGGACUUUGUCAAGAUACACUGCAUUUGUUCUGUGAAGAAGUUGUUUGGCUGUUGCUUGUGUUCAGUGUAGCUGAUCAGCGAAGGAAAAAUGCCAGUGUGAACACAUUCAGGGAGCUGAAUAAAGAGGACAGGCCACAAGCACUGAAGAAAACUUUUGUAUGCACUGUUCUGGCAAAUAACUCCUGGCAGGAGAGGAAUGAAGGGUUUUUUAAAGUGUCCUUGUAUAAGUGCCUGACCAUGCAAAAGCAGGCCAUUCACUGCUCUGGGUAUGUUGAGUAGGGGAGGAUAGGAGGAUAAGAUCAAAAUACGGGAAACUUGUUGCCUAACUGGAAGGUUGCUGGAAUUGCUUAAUUUUGGCUGUGGUGUCUGGAACGGAAAGCUGACUGCUUGUAUUCAUAGGCAAUGCUAUCCUAAAGCUUUGGAGCAACAGGUGAAGGAAAAUAACGAUUAAAGUACAAUUAAAGGCAAUUAAAAUAAAUAAAAUAAAUAAAAUAUAAGAAGAUCUCACUAGGCCUCACAGUAGGACACAAUAUUGGUGCUGGAAUGGUAGAGAGGAGGGAGAAGCUUAGCAAGAGUGAAGGAUGAAGCCAGAUAUGCUAGUGCUAUAAAUCAGAGGUGGCCAGUUUUUGUAUUCUUGGGGACCACAAUGAUCUGAGAGCCAGAAAUGUACUUUGUUACACUUACGCAAUUUAACUUUCAGUGAUGUGGGGUAAUUUCCUGGAAACCAUUUUUCCAUUUCAUAAGCUCAUUAGUAACAAUGAAUUGAUGCUAAACUAGAAGAAUGGUUGUCAGUUGGGUUUGCGAAAAUAAACUUUAGUGUGUCAAUGGUUUUCAAUGUCUUCCCCACUACCUUAAAUUUAAACAUUGUAAGGGAAGGGCAUGCGAUCGUCUUUAUUUUUACAAGCAUUCCAAUGAACAAUACUACACAAUAUAAUAUUUAAACCACAUUAAGUGUGCUUUAAUUCCUCCCCCUUUCAAAUAUUUUAGGUCAAAUACUUGUGUAUUGGGGAAAAAAUGAACAUGUGGCACUUUUUUUUAAAGAAAAAAACCUUGUUUAUUAAAUAUAAGUAAAAUAGACAUGCUAAAUUAGCUCACACUAUGGCAUCAGAAAAAAAUCACAAUGCAAAUUACCCUGUGCAAAUUCAAAACUUUCCAGAAAUCUCAUAUCACUGCCCUCAACAUACAAAGUCAAGCAGCACCACUUGGAACAGGCCCACCCAACUUAUCAUACAAAAUGGGCUGCAUGGAACCCAUGGAGUACACAGUGCCCUGUUGCAUGUGUGGAGGGAGGGGGGGGGAGAGAGCAAGCUCAAAAUUUGACAACUGCUCCCCACCCUUGCCUUGCCUUCCCAAAGCUGGCUAAGCAAUGCACUAGGCGUUGGGAUGGAGGCGUGAAGCUCUUGGGGGAAUGUGCCUUAAAAGUGACGUGUUAGUCAUGAGAAAUGUACCAGGUGGUUCUUUUAUUACAGAAAAACUAAUUGAGGAAAAAAUUAGCAUCCCAUAGCUGAUAAAUGUGGUGCUAAAUAUUAGUAGUGGAAAGACAACAAGCUGAAGAAGGAAAAAAACUGAUGAAGUUGACUCUUUAUGGUUGCAACUAUAUGGAUUUUUGGGUGGCAUUAAUUCUCAAUGUGUUUGUAAGUCAGAUAUUAUCAUUGCAUAUAAUAAUAACAUAUAUCAUGGUUAAUUAGAAUGAUCAGCCUCUGGAAAAAAAAUCUAUAUCUCAUGUCAUGAAUUAUGCAAAAGCAUGCUUUAAAAAAUAACGGUAAUGAAGUACUUGUAUAUUGAUGCUUAUCCCAUACAAUAUUUAUUAACAAGUGUUUAGCUGCACUGACGUCAAAGGGGAAACUUUGGAGAUAGGAAUACAGAAUAUAGGAUAAGAGUUAAGACACGGACCUGCAAAACAGAUUAGAGAAGAUCACUGUGACCUUUGGAAAGCAAAAACAAUUCAUUUUGGAUAGCAGAAACUACUUCAUAUUAACUCGGAUGAUUGCAAAUGGCAACCUGUUUUUAAAAAAUGCAAUUACAGCCUCACCACAAAAGAACAUUAUAGUGCCUUUUAAACCAGUUGUUCCCAAAUACUUAUUAGGAAUCAUCAGUAAAUGACAUAAUUUUGCUUUCAGUGCACAUAAUGGAAGUCCCCCUGGAAGUGAUGGGACUUGACAAUGUUCCACUGUUCCCAGAGAGAACUGUAUGGCACAAAAUGGGCGUCCUCGGUGUUUACAUUGAAAGCAAGGUGUCAAGGAGUCCUGUGCACUAGCUGCAUAGACUUUGGUUGGCUGGGUUGUAUCCAGUUCUUUUUGUGUGUGAUGAUAUUCACCCCCAGUAUUGGUUGUAUACAGCAAAGUCAUCCAGAAAUUACUUCCAAAAUACAGUGGUACCUUGGGUUACAUACGCUUCAGGUUGCAUACGCUUCAGGUUACAGACUCCACUAACCCAGAAAUAGUACCUGGGGUUAAGAACUUUGCUUCAGGAUGAGAACAGAAGUCGUGCUCCGGCGCCACGGCAGCAGCAGGAGGUCCCAUUAGCUAAAGUGGUGCUUCAGGUUAAGAACAGUUUCAGGUUAAGAACGGACCUCUGGAACGAAUUAAGUACUUAACCCGAGGUAGGGACGCAGGUGGCGCUGUGGGUAAAAGCCUCAGCGCCUAGGACUUGCCGAUCGAAAGGUCGGCGGUUCGAAUCCCCGCGGCGGGGUGCGCUCCCGUCGCUCGGUCCCAGCGCCUGCCAACCUAGCAGUUCGAAAGCACCCCCGGGUGCAAGUAGAUAAAUAGGGAUCGCUUACUGGCGGGACGGUAAACAGCGUUUCCGUGUGCUGCUCUGGUGCCGGUUCGCCAGAGCAGCUUCGUCACGCUGGCCACGUGACCCGGAAGUGUCUGCGGACAGCGCUGGCUCCCGGCCUCUAGAGUGAGAUGAGCGCACAACCCUAGAGUCUGUCAAGACUGGCCCGUACGGGCAGGGGUACCUUUACCUUACCACUGUAGUAGGGUACGUAGAAUCUUCACAUGACAGGGAGAAAUGCAUCCCUUCAUCACCUGUACCUCAGUUCGGUUAUUUUGCAAAACAGAACAAACUGCUCCUCACCCACGAAGCAUCCACGUGGUUGCCACCAGGCUGGCCUUCUGUUAGCCCUCAUAUGCUCUCAUUAAGCAUCUGCUACUUCCACAGCUGUCCCUUAGCAACACUGUUUCCCCGCUAAGAACUGGCUGAUUUGCUAGGCAUGGGGUGCCACCCACUGUGAACGAGGAUCUAUAGCCCGUGGCCUGCAAGGUGCUACCCCUUGCUGAGUAGGAGAAAGUUCUGAAUCCAGCUGAGCUGUUUCAGGGUGUUGCCUGGUGCAGAAGCUGGAGGUUAGGCGAUUCACACCAACAAGCAGAGUUUUGAAAAGGCACCCAUCUCUUCCACUGUCCAUAGAAGGUUGUGCUACAGGAAACCGUUCUUAACCUGAGGUACCACUUUAGUUAAUGGGGCCUCCCACUGCCACCGUGCCGCCGGUGCGCGAUUUCUGUUCUCAUCCUGAGGUAAAGUUCUUAACCUGAGGUACUACUUCCAGGUUAGCGGAGUCUGUAACCCGAAGUGUUUGUAAUCCGAGGUGUUUGUAACCCAAGAUACCACUGUAUUCUACUUGUUGGACUCCAGCUCCCAUCAUCCUUGGAAGUUGUAAUCGAAUGACUUUUGGAAGCUACCACAUUAAGGAUGGAAUCUUUGCCUUUUUUGAAAUUCAGGUGCUUGAAGGUAAAGUAACCAUUUUCUUUGCAUUCCCUUCCCAGUUCCCACUUGGCUUGCUUGGGGUGGCUCAACAGGCUGUUGUCAUUUGUUGCUCAUUUUAACAACUUGCACAGUCUGCUGCCUUGUCCUGAAGUAGCGUCUAGGCAGGUAUAGGUUUCAUCCCAGGUGAUGUGGGCAUGUUAUCAUCUCAAAAUGCAGCUAGGGUGUUCUUUUUCUCCAUUUGUCUCAAAGCUGGUUUGAGGGAAAACAUAUCAGAAUGCAAUAUUUCAUACGAAAUGGCAGGAUAGCUACAGGAUAACGUUGCAUGUACACCACUUCCCAAACCAGUGGUGGGAGUGCACUGGAUACAGAAUAAAUGGGAGUGUGUACACUGCUGUUCUUUCUGGUUCCUCAGCCACAGAUCAAUGCCAGCUUCAGAGAAAGCAGUAAUUCUCCAACACUGCAAGAAGCUUCAACAAAAGUCUGAGGCACUGACCAGUAGGACAGUUGUUAAACAAGAGGGCUUUGUUCUUUAGAACAGUUGCUUAUUAACACACUUUCAAGGCCUCAAGCUCCUCUGGGAAGCUGCUCUAGAAACCCAAGUAAGUCUAAAGCACUAGGUUCUUCUGUGAUCAUUUAACGCACAUGAAAAACAUACAACCAUGCUUACUUGUGAAAUAUAUUUUCAAUGCAGGUUCUAUAAUUAUAUAUUUAAGGAAUAUUCGGAUUGUUCGUUCUUUCCAGGCUCCAGCCAGCUGAUUAACAGGAGGUUGUAACCUCCUCUUUGACACUGUAAACUCCUUGGUGGCAGGGGCCUGUCCUCCAUGCACAUCCGUGGCACUAAAUAAAUAAAUAGAGUUGAGGUCUAUUGACUGCUGAGGUCAGCCAAUACAGAAAUUCUGACAUAACGUAGGGCACAUCUAGACAGACUGCUGUUAUAUUUCAUGUGUAUUCUGCAACAUGUUCUUAACACAAUAAUAGUGCAUUGGUGGUCCCUUUUUUCUGCUUUACAGUGGUACCUCGGGUUAAGUACUUUAUUCAUUCCAGAGGUCCGUACUUAACCUGAAACUGUACUUAACCUGAAGCACCACUUUAGCUAAUGGGGCCUCCUGCUGCUGCUGUGCCGCUGGAGCACGAUUUCUAUUCUUAUCCUGAAGCAAAGUUCUUAACCUGAAGCAGUAUUUCUGGGUUAGCGGAGUCUGUAAUCUGAAGCGUAUGUAACCUGAAGCGUAUGUAACCCAAGGUACCACUGUAGUUUGUUCUGCAGUACUUCCCCAAUGCUACCACAUUAUUGCUGUCCCAGAGGGGACUACAGUACAACAAAUGCAAGCCCAAAAUAAACAAGAAUAUUUGUGGAAUACAAAGUUAAAGGCUUUCAGCAGGAAGUUACAACGGGAUAGGCACUGACUGGGAGUGAAGCAAUCUGACUGCCCUCAAAAGUCUGCUGGCACAAACAGUACAGAAAGCAGGGCUUCUCUGACUGGCUGUGACUUUCUAGUGGGUCUUUCAGACUGCGCUCUCUUCCAAGCCCUUCCUGGAAAUGCUGGGGAUUGGGACCUUCUGCAUGCAGAGCAAAUACUCUGCCACUGAACCAUGGCCUUUCACACUUUAGGAGCAGAAGAGUUUCUCUCUCAAGACUUUGACCAGUCGUAAAUAAAUUUAUCUCUGUGCUGUUUUCGUCUCCCUGUUUUCCUGUUGCUGGAUCUGCCAUUGCCUUGUGUCAUUUUUAGACUGAAGUUUGGGUUUUCUUCGACGUUGAUUCGAAAGCCAAAGUUUAAGACCUGGUAGAGGGAAGGGUAAAAUUCCACCCCCCCCCAAUAAUGAGUAUAUAAAUAAGAGUGAUUUCGCUAUACAUCAAGUGUUGACGGUGUGGUAAAAUAUGUAAUAAAGGUGGUCAUCUGUUACCACACAGGGUGAAGAAUAUAUUGGAGGAUGUGGUAUGAGGUAGAUCCAAUGAGGAGGACGCACAGCUGCAUGGGUGGCUGUAUAGCACAGACAUAGGCAAACUCGCCCCUCCCGAUGUUUUGGGGCUACAACUCCCAUCAUCCCUAGCUAACAGGACCAGUGGUCAGGGAUGAUGGGAGUUGUAGUCCCAAAACAUCUGGAGGGUCGAGUUUGCCUAUGCCUGGUAUAGCAGAAAGGAGCCUAAUAUUAGGCAAAGGUUUGCCCGUCUUUUGCCGAGAACUGUGAAACAACACUGCAGCCUUUCUGAAAUACCAGUGUGGGGAACUCAGCAUGUAAAUGACCUGAGCUCCUGGAAGAUUCUUUCCAUGGAAUACAAAAGCAUCAAGGUUGUGGCGGAUGGCAGCAGCCACUCUAGUCCAUGUGCCUAGCAGGCAGGAGUUAACAACUUUGCUGUUACAUAGAGGCUUCCUCGCUCCUCCUCCUUUUGUUGUUGUUGCUACUGCUGCUGCUGCCCUUUUCAGCUACAGCACAACAAUUAACAUAACGAGGUGAACUGAUCUCUGCUGAACCUCUCCUGGAAUCCAUAGAGUUAUUCUCAGAUUGAAUUUGGCCUGUGGAUUUUAAUUAUCAUCCAAUAGAAUAAUGGCAAGGGGCAAGAGGACUGUGAUGAUUGCAUAUUCUUUUUAAUUUGCAGCAACGCUCUGGGUGCAGAUUAGCUGUCCCUGCUCCAUGUUUACUAUUGAUCUGCUUUUGCUCUGCCUCUCAGGGGGAGCAGCAUACAGUGUGAUAAAUGGAUGGCAGCUUUCACUGCAGCUUUGCUUCAGUCUCUUUGUGGGACGAGACAAAAAUCCAGAUUCUUCCACUUGGACUGGUGUAAUUCUCCUAGCACUGCAGUCAAUAAAUCUAAAAAGUAUUAUUUGAGUGUAUUCAUAUAUUGUGGAAUUUUACCAUGUUGUGUUCAAACAUGCCCCUGUGAAAUAAUUUUUAACAACAACAGCACAAUUGUUGCACAGUAACUAUGCACGUGGCUGGACAUGUUUCUCAAAUCUGCAAGAUGCAAUCCUGUUCAUGUUUCCUCAGAAGUAAGUCCCACCAUGUUCAGUGGAGUGUAUUCCCAGCCCAAGACAUGCAGAGGAUUACACUUGUAAGACUGUUUGAUUUUGGGAGACCCUCAUCCAUGAUAACCAUUUUCUUUAGCAUCACAUAUAUGCAUUUGAGAGAGUGGGCAAGGCAGUUCAGCAAAUAUUUCUUUUUAGAAAUCUGCUGAUUAAUGUUCUUUAAAAGUGAUUUUUAUAUUGAUAUGAUAUAUUGGUGUUACUAAGACGCGUUACGGGUUGCAUCAUGCUAGCUCCUUGUUUUGUUCACACUGAUAGUUUAAUAUAAAUAAAACCUAUCUAAAGCUCUGCGUGUACACUGAGUACGUGCAAUAAAUACAUAAAUGGAGGAAGUUGUUUCAUACCUCCUGGCCACAUCCCUAUCCACCCCCACCAUGUACAUUCAGAACCACAUUGGCACAGAGCCUACACAUGUACAAAUUGUACGUUUGUGGGCUUUGUCCACACAACUGUCCUCAAACUGGAUUGGGAACUUUCCUUCUCUAGUAUUCAUUUCAUAACUGUUGAUCACCUCCUUCUAUUAUGUUUAUGCUUCAUCUGCCAGAACCAGUAUAUACAUGGCCCAUUGUUCCUCUAGAUAUCAUUAAAUUUUGUAAUUGCACCAUGCCACAUCAAAUGUAGAGGGAACACCAGUUGCCUCGUGUAAGUGGACAAUGAUGUAACUGUCACACAGAAGGCCACUUGUAUCUUUAUUACUAUUAUCAUUAUCACAAAAUCUGCAGCUUUUGCUUUUCCCCCCUACCCAUGGCCAUGGGUGCCUUAAUUUCUACUAUGCACAGAGCAAUCACUGCAAAUGUACAAUGUUUGUUCUCUCUCUCUUUAUAAUAUGCAUAUGUGCUGCCCAUGUUAUCAGUCUGAUAAGGGAGAUAGAGUGUAAAUAUAUUAUUGACUUCUGGUGUUUUGGUUGUUGAUUCCAUCGUACAACUGACUUUAUAAUUCAAGGCUUUCUAUCCAAUUAAAACAGCCUCAGAAAUUACAACAUUUAAACACCACUGAGACCAUUUUAUCGCCUGUGAUAAAUGGGUUUAGUUGUAGCUUUCCCAAAGCUGUUCUGCUUAACCUAAGCCGUGGAAGCAUGCACAUAGUUGCACCUGAAGCUUGGCUUUUACUCCCCUGUUGCUAAUUAUCUCCAUUUGCUUCUGUCCUUGCAGUCACUUCUUUCUCAGAAGGAAUUAUUUCCCUCUCCCUAUUUGCUUGGUUAUUCUCCAUUAUCAUGUUCUCAAAGGUAUGAGUUCAAAAUCCCAUGAACCUUGCUUCCUGUGCUGCAUUUUGGGGUUUGUAUAUCCUGGACUGGAAAAAGCGAAGGGAUGAUUGGCAUCUGUAGUAGAAAUUAGAAAUUAUACAAACACCAAGCUUUGUAAACUUUUGUGCUCCAGGUCUGCACAUGUAGGCUGAAACAAUGAUUUCCCCCUGUCAUUUGAGAGAUGAAAAUUGUCCCUUUGUUUUCCUUUAAUAAGCGCUGCUCAGAACAUGCUUGUUGUCAUGAGGCAAAAUGCCCCUGUAAAUUUUCAGAGGUUGUUUGUUUUUCAUUUGAUAUACAUCUCUGCAUGGUGAAACAGAUCCAGACAAAGAAAAGUCACUAUUAAGGCCUUUCCACACAGUUUGUUGAGCAACAAAUGUACACAAUUCUUUUAUUGCUCAGGCUACUCAUUUCCGAUUAAGCUGUUGUGGAGAUAUUCCCAGCAUUCUGCUGAUUUCAGAGCACCCUUAAUGCAUCUGGCAGUUGGACUCUUGGGAUGGGAUGUCUUGGUGAGAAAUUGGUGCAAUUUGAAAAUCUGCUUCAAAACAAAACAAAACAAAACAAAACAAAACAAAACUCUGCGACCUUGUGUGUGGUAGCUGUGAAAGAGGUGAAUUCCAUUCUAGAAGUCAUUAGAAAAGGGGUUGAAGAUAAAAGUGCCAGUAUCAUAAUACAUAUUUAGGGUGCAGCUGCACUUGGAAUACGGUGUACAGUUCUGGUUGCCUCACCUCAAAAAGGAUAUUGCAGAGUUGGGAAAUGUGCAGAAAGGAGCAACUGAAAUGACCGAGGGUUUGGAGCUGUUCUGCUGUGAGGAAACGUUGCAACAUUUAUAAUUUUCAUUUUAGAAAAAGGGGAGUGUAAAGGGUGGGGGAACAUGAUAGAGGCGUUUACAGUUGUGCAGGGUGUGGAGAAAGUGGACAGUGAAACGUUUUCCCUCGUGUGUCAUAGAAUUUAGGGUCGUGCAAGUAGAUAAAUAGGUACCGCUCCGGCGGGAAGGUAAACGGUGUUUCCGUGCGCUGCUCUGGUUCGCCAGAAGCGGCUCAGUCAUGCUGGCCACAUGAUCCGGAAGCUGUACGCCGGCUCCCUCGGCCAGUAAAAUGAGAUGAGUGCCGCAACUCCAGAGUCGUCCGCGACUGGACCUAAUGGUCAGGGGUCCCUUUACCUUUUUUAAUGAAACUGAGUGUUGGGAGAUUAAGGAUGGCUAUGUUCUACCUCCACUGUUGGAGGCAAUAAGCCUCUGAAUACUGAGAACUGCAAGUGAGGAGAGUGUUGUUGUACUUAUAUCCUGCUUGUUUCAAGUUUCCCAUAGGCAUCUCCUUGUUCACUGUGAGAAGUGGAUGCUGACUAGUUGGGCAUUUGACCUGCAGCCAUUCUUAGCUUGAAGGUGCUUAAUCAUUUCCUGGCCAGCCACCUUUUCCUGCUGAAGCUUCUCCACCAAGUUGCUUUUACUCUUGCCAGACCUGGGUCUUGUCCCUGCAGUGGUGCAAAAGUGGCUAGGGGGAGGGGAGAAGAACCCCCCCCCAAAAAAAAUGGCUAACAGAGGAAGGGUUAAGCACCUACUUAUUUCAUACCUUCUCUGCCUCAAAUUAUUCCAUUUUGAGGGCACUUGGCAAUAGGUUGCACCUGCCCUUCCUAAAAAUUAAAUCAAUUAUUUUAACCAAUUGCUUCUUUUACAAAUUUCCUUUUCCCUAAAAAUGCUUUAAAUUUAGGAUGCUAUGCACUUGCCUUCUCAAGCGCUGGAGUGCACUUUGCUGACACUUUAUUAAAUGUGGCAAACAGGAGUAAGGUAUCUUCCCAUCACAAAGUAUUCUCUUCAUAUUAUGUACAUAAUGGGAUACAGGCUGUAAGAGACUUGUGGAGGGAGGCUACCAUGUGGAACUGUUGUAAUAUAACUGGGGCAUAUAUUUAUUGCUUAUGAGAGAGAAAGAGAGAGAGAGAGAGAAAUGCUUCAGUGAAUAAGUUUACAGUGCUUCCAUCCCCCCUUCAAUGCACCACAUGGUGGGAUACAUUUAUAAGGGCAUGAAACCAUUGGGGAAACUACAGAGAUUUUCAUCUUGUUUUGACAUUUCUCUAUAAGACUCAAUCACUUAUAUUACAAGUGAAGUAAAAUUUUGUACAGUCUUUAGAUUUGUUAAAAUUGUAGACCUUUCAGUUGCAAAACUUGUCUAAUUUUGUUGCUGACAUUUUAGUUCGGGGAAUACUUUAAAAAAAAAAAAAUCCUAGCCACUAGCUCUCCAUUUCAAGGAGGGUGGGUACCCGAUCUUUCAAUAUGUGUAGAUUCUAGGCACAUUUGCAAAGGGUUUAUAGAAACCAGCUGUGAUAGCCAUAAGACAACUUUCCAUUCCAUGUACCAUGACAAACUCCCCUCCUUGCUCAUAUUAGCUCGUACUAAUUUAUUUCUCUUGCACUGUAAUGUGUUAGCUGAAUAACCCUCUGAGAGAAUUGCUUUCCAGAACACUCCCCCCAAACAACUCAUUUUUUUAUACACAAGCUGAACUUCCUUUUAACAGUGUCAUCAUUAGUCCUCAGUACAGUACUUGAAGAAAAGUCUUAAGUUACUUUGUGUUGUUGCUUUUCCUUUCAUGAUCAAAAAUGUCUGCCUUUUCCAAACUAUAAGCCCCUCUGAUCAUUUCAUUAUGCCCAGUUGCUCAUGAUUUGAGGGAUGGCGCCUUAUUGCUCAGAGGACACGCUGUAAAUUAUUGAUGACUUCCUCUUAGGGGGAAGAAACACCAAUUAAAUUGUAUAAACAGUAGCAUUACAUCAUGGUUGUAUAUGACUGAUGGGAAGUUCAUUGUCUGGUAAACAGGCACAAACACUAUGUAAGAAAGAUACACUAAGGGGCUUACAUCACUAUGGAUCACUGAGGAGGAAUGUUUUCACUUAUUGUGAAAAUAGAAAGAGAAGAAGUAGGCAUCACUUAUUGAAUUCCUAAUCUUCUCAUAGUACUCAUUAUGAGUAAAGAAGAUAUGUUUCAUUUCUGUACUUUGUAAAAGUAUUGAGUCACCAAGUUGCUGACAUCAUACUUUCCUCCCAUCGCCUAACAGAUGUUGCUGAAGUCCAGGUGUCAUUGUCUCUAACCGUUGGCUGCGGUGGCUGGGGCUGAUAGAAGCUGACUGCAGGUUCCCCAUCCCUGAUCUAAAUGCUACACUAACCUUUUAAUUCAGUUCAAAGUAGGUAUCAGGAACCUGGUGCUGUCCAGAUGUUCCUGGACUACAGCUCCCAUCACUCCUGACUAUUGGGAUACUGGCUGGGGCUGAUGGAAAUUGGAGUCCAACAUUCAGAUGACCACAGAUUCCCACCCCUGAGCUAAAGACUUGUCCUUUAAUUCCAUUUUUAAAGUUAUAACCUUGAUCCAUAGCUUUUUCCAGCUUGGAAUAGAUUACAAUGUUUAGAAAAUGCACAUGAUACACCUUGGUGAGUGUGUCACAAAUCUGAAUGGUCUCACACAUUUUUAAAAUGUGCUGCUUAUAGACAGUGGACAUGUUGGAGGAACAUUAUCCCCAACGUGUUGACUUCCAUGUGCAGCGAUUUUUUUGUGUUUGUGUUUUUAAAAUGAGAGCAUUCAAAUGUUCAUUUCCACCAGAAAUUGCCUGGAGGUGUGUAAUUUUGAAGCAGUUUAACAAAGCAGCAACGAUGGUGUAUUGGUAGAGGGAAUUUGUUGAUCUUGGCUCACCGUUUGUGGUUUGUUUGGGGGGAACAAACCAUAAGCGCUAGUUGUUCUGUAAUACUAAGCCACUGCUCUGGCUUGUAUUCUUCUGGCACAGUAUACGGAGGAGAGGGCAGGUGAGCAAUGGUUUGUUUCAGACUAUGGCUUACCUUUAAUUGUCAACUUGGCCACUGCCAGGUGUGGGAGCUCAUCAUUCUUUGUUAGGAAUCCCUAGCCACUUUCCGUAUUAUCAGACUACAAUUUCCAAGGUUACCUGGGAGAGGGAAUGACCGUUAAAGCCAAAAUGAAUUUUAUAGCAUAGAUGUAUCUAAACCAAAUAUUCUGUUGUUAUAUAAUAACAUAUCCACUGAAAACCUGGUCUUUUAUCAUGCCUGUUGAUACGUUAGAGCAACAUCCAAUAUCUUUGUAGACUUCUUUCUUUUAUGUAAGUUGGUUUUGGACAUGAGGCAGCCUGGCAUAGUUUCUUGAAGUGGUGACUUGCUGAGCUCUUAUUACCACAGCAGCUGAUGAUGAUAAGCAGUGAAUUAUUUAGGAACCGGUUGAACUCCUCAUUAAAUUUAAUAAGCCCAGAGUUUUCCACAGUGCCCUUUCAGGCAGGCUAGGACCACUAGCCGAGGCACCAAGAGGUUCAUUUGCCAAAUGCUGUUGUGGGCUUUUCGUGGAAAGGGGUAAGGGAUUGUAACUUAGCCAUAGAUAAACAAGAUGCAGACCACACCACCACCACUACUACAGAGCUCUAAUGAACACUGGUGGUGAUCACAAUGUGUCUAACUUAGCUUGAUCUAAAAGUUAGCACAGGGAGUUCUUUUUAAAAUUAAUAGCAUCAUUCUGGGCUAAAACUGCAGCUAGCAUAAUUGGAUACAACUUCCCUGAAAAAAAAAUGCCAUUUUUUUUCCCUGAAAAAAAAAAUGCCAUUUUUUUUAUUAAUGGCAUUUGUAUGUUCUCUGGGUGGCUCACAAUAUAUAUUGCAUUUGCUUUUUACAUAUUAAAUAAAACAUACAACCGUUAAAACAAGGUGUGUGUGGGAGACACACACUACAUAAGUACAACAAAACAGAACUCGUCACACCACCCAAAGUAAAAACAGACUUUGAAAAAUGGAAGCCCAGAUUAUCUAAGUUGGUUAAAAGGUCUGCCCAAACAGAAGGUUCUCCAGACCACAACAGCCUUCUCAGGUGAACCUCCCAGGGAAGGCUCUUCCAUAAUAAAGGUGCCAUUCACUGUUAUGCUAUUUAUUUAGAUGCUUUGCUUAUGCUGGUCUGUGACUGUAAUAAGGUAAAUUCAUUCAAAUUCAGGUGCCAUUACUGCAAAGGCCAACUCCCUAUGAGUUACUGACCUCACUGUUUGGCAGGGGUACCCAGAAUAGGUCUAUGGAAGAGGACUUUAAAGUUCAAGUAGAUGCACGAAGAGGAAGGCAAACUUUCAGUUAGCCUGAUCCCAAGCUGUUUGUGCAGCUGGCAGUCCUACUUAGUUCAGGCACUUCCUCUGGAGCAGGAAGAGCUGCUGUUCCUCACAGGACAAGUAAUGUGCAAUUGCAUAUUAUCAGCAAACUGAAUCUCUUCUCUUAGCAUGACAUUCCUCAGGGGCCCCCAUAUUUAUUGUUCACAAAGUGAGCUGCAGAUUGCAUCUCUGAGGGAUGCUACAUUUUAAGCAUCUCUGGGAUGAUUAGCUAUCCAUCACCACUGAUUGACUCUCAUCUUGUGCCUAUGACACUGGCAGUUGUGGUCAUACCCUGCAAUGUCUCUCAUCUGCUGAAACAGCAACCCAUGCUCAAUAGUAUUGAAUGUGCUGUGAGGUCUGCUGUAACCACAGUUGCCAUCGGUCCUUAGUCUGAAAUCAUUAGCAAAUAAAUCAUUUGCUAUCCCAACAAGUGCCACAUCUAUCCCACAGGAGGAUUGGAGCCCAGGAAAAUGUUUUUGGAAUCUGUUUCAUUUUUAUUUAAUUUACAUCCCACCCCUUUCAUCAGUUACUGAUCCCAGUCUGGGUGCUGGUGCAAGAGUAUUGCUGCAGCUUUCUCAGCAAGUUCCCCUAAAAAUGUGAGGUUAGGCCAGAAUAGAGACUGGAUGAUAUUUUGUACGUACUGCAAUGUUGUGUUUGUUAGGAUAUUUCCAUUCCACCUUAAAGGGAGCAGGCUUUGUGAGUCACAGAGUCUGCGUAUUUCCUGUUUUCACAGGAUGUUUCUGUUGUGUCUUUUGUUUUCUCUCUCUGUGUCAGAGACACUGAAGCAGGCAGUCAUGUUUUUCUUUGUUCUGAUCAACGCUGAAUAAAACUUGUAAAUAAUGCUCUCCUGAGUGCGACUUUUGCUGUGCAUUAUCUGCUGACAGAGCGUGCAUUGAGUUCUGGAAUGUGGCAGGCUAUUUCUGGAGCUCAUGUCGCUAAUUGCUGAUACUGCGUGCCUACGGGAGAUCGACGGACGUCCGGACACGGCUUGGGGGCCAUGAUGGACUUUGUCUCCCUGGCAGUAUCCCAACAGUGUUAAGGUGUCUUUCAGAGGAGGCAACUUCCUGCAGAACUACUAAAGCACUCCUGGGGUCCUGAGCAACUUUGGGUGACACAGCAGAAGAACAUGGGAGAAAAAGGAUAAUGGGCACACACAAAAAUGGGGGGCAGGAAUGCAAGAAUCAAGAGGAGAAGAAGCUCCUGUGCCCCUCUGCAUGUACAUUUAGCAUGGUGCAUGCCUGCCUCACUUUGGGAAACACUGUUCUGCAAAAAGCUUUGAAUGGAUGCAAUUGGGCAGUGACCCCCUGCCCCAAACUCUUGAGAAUAAAGUUCACAUUGCAACUAAGCUGAGACGAACCUUCAGAAAAAUAAUGUUAAGCACUUAAUAUAUUACGUUUUGCAAAUGCCUUGCAGAAUUGCUGCCAAGGAUACCUAUGCAUGUAGGCUCUUACACUGUACAAACAUUGCACCCAGCUUGUGGAUGUCAGGCAGGACUGCCAUGCCCAGUGGGCAGCGAGGGCACAAUUCUGAUCCUACACACAAUGCAUGGGGUCUGUGUACUUGGAGCCUUGUCUGAACUUCCCUUUUCUUUUCACUGUGUGAAGAUAAACUCUUUCAAAGCUGCAUGGUAGCUCGAAUGACCACCUGAAAGCUGAUACCUAAGAGAUGAAACUCUCACAUUGAUUUUCCCCUUGGGCAGUCUUUGUUCAAAUUCACCACUGGAUAACACUAUUUGACAAAAGAGCAAUGUCUGUAGCAAGGUUUCACAAUACACUGAGAACAAUGCUUGGAUUCAUUGCAAGGGGACAAACAAGGCAAACAAUGACUAUAUUUGGUACCGCUAUGGAUAGCGGUUCAAAAUAAAAUAUUACAUAGUAAGCCAUUUUUAAGUCAGAAUAGCUGAUGAUAAGCAGUAGACCAAGGCUGCAAACCUGUGCACAGGGCUCAUGCACACUUGCUUGAUCAGUAUAUUGAUCAUAUUAUGUACUGAUUAAUUCCCCAGAGCCCAACAGCUUUUCUCAUUGUUCUGCGUCUGUACCUUGAGAAAAUCUGAUUUUACCUGCUGAACUGGAUCUUACCAGAUGUGUGGGAAAUCCGAAGAGAGACUUUGCUUAACUGAGCUUCAAUUUAGUGGGUAAGAUCAGAUUUUUGCAUGGCACAGCCAUGGAUGGAAGAAGAAAAGCUCUCAGACCCAUGGAAAUUAAUUGGUACACAGUAAGAUCAAAAUGUGGGUCAAGAGAAAGUUUGGAUGAGCCCACAGUCAGAUGAAACCAAGGGGAGUUAAGAAGCCUAAGGUUGCAAUCCUAAACACACGUUCCAAGGAAGAAACGGGGUUUACUUCUGAGUAAAUACAUGCCUUGGGUUGCAUUGUAAUUGUUGGCACCCCAAGGCUGCAAAACUAAGUAUGCUUACCAGGAUGUGAGGGCUCAUGGUCCCAUAUUUACUGCUGCAUUGGAACAAACGUCAAUUGGGUUUUCUGCGGAUUGUUGUUUGUUCCAACUCAGCAGUAAACAGUGGGUUUUCACAGGGAAAGCAGUGGGACAAAAUAAUAACCUCUCGGACCUGUGCCUAGAAAUCACGGGACAAAUGGGGGGGUAUUGGGAUGAACAGAAGUAUGGAUGAACCCUAAAUCCUGUUUAGGUCAAUGGGAUUUGCUGCUCAAAAUUCCUACGUAGGAGCAGGCUGUUCAUGUUGAUAUAGCAGCUCUUUAUCCUUGCUUUACAUACACCAUGUGAGCUGUGAAUUGAUGUUGAAGCUAUUUAUUUAUUUAUCUGUCCAUAACCACCAUAUGGGACGCGGGUUGCGCUGUGGGUUAAACCGCAGAGCCUAGGACUUGCCGAUUAGAAGGUCGGCAGUUCGAAUUCCCAUAACAGGGUGAGUUCCCGUUGCUCGGUCCUUGCUCCUGCCAACCUAGCAGUUUGAAAGCACGUCAAAGUGCAAGUAGAUAAAUAGGUAGCCCUCCGGCGGGAAGGUAAACGGCGUUUCCGUGCGCUGCUCUGGUUUGCCAGAAGCAGCUUAGUCAUGCUGGCCACAUGACCAGGAAGCUAUACGCUGGCUCCAUCGGCCAGUAAAGCGAGAUGAGCGCCACAACCCCAGAGUCGGUCACGACUGGACCUAACGGUCAGGGGUCCCUUUACCUUUACCUUUAUCCACCAUAUGCCAUCUGUGCGCAUAGUUCUUCCCAGAGUUUCGCAACCAAAGAAAAGACAGACCCCUGCUCUGAGUAGGUUACAUUCUGCAUUUUGGCAGGGGGGCAGCCAAGGAGUGGGUGGGAAAGGAGAGGCAAGGUAACAAGAGAUGAGUCUUGGCAAAUGCAGUUACACCUGCUUGUGGUGGCAAUCCUCUGCAUGCUUACCUGGCGUAAGUGCCACUGUUGCCGUGUGCACACUAUGCCCCCAAAGCGCUCCCCCCCUGCAAAGAAUUAUGAGCACUGUAGUUUAUGUCUUACAAUUGCAACCUGCAGCAAAUUACAGUGCCCAGAAUUCUUUGAGCCGGGGGGCGGGAUUGUUCUUCGACUGAGCUUUGAAGGUAUAGUGUGUGCGUAGACUGUGUUCAGCUGGACUUAAUCCCUUGGCUGAUGUGUAACAGGAGGGAAGCAUUAAGCUCUGUUUCAGCUGGAGCGGGAUUAAGCAGGGAGCGGAUCUCGGCAGCUCACACUGUUUUCUUGUUUCUCAUUUCGAAUCGUGGUUUGAAACCAUCACAUUGCAUGUGGGAAAACUGAGAUAAAUUGGGCCCAACUAGACAUGAUACUAAUCAGAUGGUUAGCCCUGGUGUGCGUGGUUCUUUAUAAAAGCAAAACAAAAAUAACUAGCAUGGGAAGCAUGAGGGUGAGCUGGAAAAGAACCCUAGUCAGGGUCAGGAUUUAAGCUUUUCUACCUUCCAUGGACCCAGUUGGAUUCCCAUCCCGUAGCCCUUCCAUUCCCCAGGAGGAGAAGCUCUUACUGCCACUUUCAUCCCAUUGUGAGUAGCAAGUAUGGGGUGUGUGGUCUGGUUCUGAUUGUGACCACGGCAGGGGAUAGAUGGACCCCUGACCUAAUCCAGCAAGCUCUUAAGUUCUUACAAUCACAGCCGCAGCAUGAUGACUAUAAGAAGCAGAAAGAGUACAGUACUCUUUUCGGUGCCUACUUAAAAACAUUUUUGUUUAGGCUAGCCUAUCCAGACACUUAAUAUGUUGAUGUUUUUAAAUCUUUUUUGCUGAUCAUUUUAAUUGUUUUUAAUGUUUUUAACUGUUUUACUGAUAAUAUUUCUUGUAGACCACUUAAGAGGCUUUCUUACAAUCACGCAGUAUAUAAAUCUUGUUAAAUAAAAUAAAUAAAAAGAAAGAGGAAGUGUAGAAAUCUGUGCUUAAGUCUUGGCAGGCAGGGGGAAUGCUGUGGGCUUGAGAGAAUUUAAGUAUUUGGCACAAAACAUUUAGACAAGUAGCCACAUUGAGUGUGAGCCUUCAGUACCAAUCAGUGAUUUCCUCCUGAACACUGUUAGGAGUUUGGGGUGGGCUGGGAAGUUGAGACGCUUCUAACCCUGGACCCAGCAAGUGUUAAAAUAUAAGCCAGGCUAGCUUCCUGAUGAGGUGAUUGCCUGGGUGAUGGGCCAGUAAGAGAACAAAUGAAAGGGGGCUCUGUGCAAGACGACAAAUGGGUGGAACGACAAAUGGGUGGGGGCCCACCCUUAACUCACAGAUAGUUGGAAGGACAAAGCCUGCGUUUAGAGUUGAGUUUGUAGUGAUAUGGGCCAGAAGCAAAGCAGCAAGCUAGAAAGCAAGAGAGGCAGCAAUGGUUCAUUUCUCUGUCAAUCCAAGGCUGUGGCUAUGGGAGAAACAAGACCCUUUGGGGGUAUGCACCCCUCCAUUGUAGGCUCAGACUGCCUAUAUGUGUAAAUAAACCAUAUGUCCUAAAGACACCACAGUCUCCUCUGUGCCUUAUUCUUAAAAGAAACAAAGACCCUGGGUUUGUUCCACAAACCUGGAACCCUUGGGAUCUUGCACCACUCAGAGAUUGGGGUGAUGUGCAACAAUAUUUAACCUACCAGUGAUGUGUCUCUGGCUUCCAUUCCAAUGGAAAAAUAUCAUCAGGGAGAGUCAAAGUGGAGCAGCUCACCUGCAGACCUGACAAUGGGGAUCUUUUUGGAUGAAUUUCUCAAAGACAGACCUUGCAGAAGGGGCUUUGCCAUUAGGGGAGUUUUUAUAGGCUGGCCUCUGGGAGCAGCCCAUGGAAGGUGAAAUAUAGUGAUGUCUUCAGCAAUCAGUGAUAUCAGUAGAUCUUUAUAAAGGAAAUGUAGGAGGAGGAGGAGGUCGGGUGAAAGGAGAUGCUGGCUCAUAUGGCUGAACCUUUAAUUAGAAAGGGCUCGCCUGUUUUAUUAGAUCUUUGUCAUCUGUAUGGCGGUAUGAGUGAGAGCUGAAUGUGUAAGAGCUGGCUCAUUUUCUUAAAAAAAAAUCUUAGACUUUCAUAGAGAUUUGAAAUGACAAGGACUAUGCUGAAAGAAAAGAGGUUUGGAGAUUAAAUGGGAAUUUUAAGAAAAUACAGGGAUGGGCAACUUGCAGCCCUCUAGACCCCGAUGGGCUCAGAUCAGCUUCAGCCAGUGGGUGGGGACAACAUCCCUGGAGGGACCUGUAGUCCAGCAACAACUGUGAUAUAUAAAGUUAACAUGACGGGGGUGGGGAGCGAUGCCCUCCAACCCAGCUUCCACUUUUACCUACCCUCCUAAUGUCAUUGUGCUUAGGAUGUUGGCCAUCCUUUUCAUGAGAGAGCAUACCUUAUUCCGUGGCUGGACACCACAGAGAUCUCCCCACAAGGUUUUAACUGUCCGGUGGUGAGUUUAUAAGCAGUUUAUGCGUGGCGAGGGAUGGCUGUCUGUACCUGUGUUAGGUGUGAGAUGAACCUAUGCCAGUCUAAUCUCACCAGGUGUCAUACCAUCUUUGCCCUUUUUGCUGUACCAUCUUAGGGUCAGUCAGGUCUCUCCUCCUACAUACCUGAUCCAAACUCAAGAGCUAUGGAAACCUGCCUAGACCUGUGCAACCCCAGUUGGAACGUAUUUGCCUUCCAAGAUAUUUGUUCCAAACAUAUUUGAUGCCAAGAAGCAAUUAGGCAUCUUAUUUGGUAGCAACUUCUAAAGGCCAAAUGACAUAUUACAUGCGGCCAUGUGUAUCCAUUAUUUAACUAUGUUUUUCUUUUUUAAAAAGAUUGAAUGUAGUCUUCAUGCCAGUAAAUCUCAGAAUAGGAGUUUAGGGUCAGGAACAGAAGGACUUUGUAACUCUUUCCCUCCUGGCUGUUUUAUUCCAAAUUUUCCCCAGCUGCUUUUUACCCCAUGGAGGAAAAGAUAAGCCAUGCAUAGUUUCCCCUAUAAAACAGAAAAGGGAAAAAGAUAUCUUGCUUUCAGUUUUGAGUCCAGAAACAACUAGAGCAAAAAAGUUAAGAAACGUCUUGUUCCCUUGCCUAAAACACACAGUUCAGUUAAAACAAAAAGAAAAAGAUACACGGAUACGUAUAAUGUAUCAUUUGAUCCCAACAUUAUGAUUUAAAGGUCAACUCAUUUGAAAUAUUUCAAGAUAAAAGCAAAUGGAUUGUGCCCAUUUUUUAUAUUGUUUGCCAAGAAAAGCCCUAGUGGUCAUUAUAUUGCUUGCCUCCUUAAAUUGUGCUUCCUCUUUUGCACAGUUGCUUGUACAGUGGUACCUCAGUUUACAAACACCUUGGGUUACAAACACUUCGGGUUACAGACUCCGCUAACCCGGAAGUAGUACCUCGGGUUAAUAAGUUUACCUAAGGAUGAGAACAGAAAUCGCGCGGCAGCGGUGCAGCAGCAGCAGGGGGGCCCAUUAGCUAAAGUGGUUAAGAACAGUUUCAGGUUAAGAAUGGACCUCAGAAUGAAUUAAGUUCAUAUCCAGAGGUACCACUGUAUUGUGCCAUAAAGCAUAUUGUAGUAAGCCUCCACAUCAGCCAAAGAGCUGCUGUGAAAUUCCACGUGCUUUCCCCACGUAUGUGAGGAAAUAGAUGGGCUUGAAUGUCACUCUGCUCUGUGGAGGGGAAAGCUGGAAGAUGGAUUGCGCUGGCUUUCAUCCAUCCAUCUGUUCAUCUGGCAGGCCUAAUGUUCAGUUCCUCGUUGUCCCAGUUGCCUUAAAUAAUGCUGACCUACAGGAUAUGGGAUGACAAAGGUCAUGCAACUCAUUUUCCCCUUGCCUUCCUUAAGUGAUCAUUAAGUUCUCUGAGACAUCGUAACUACACAUAGUGGUGACAGCCGGAUGGUAUUUACAAACAAGGUAAAAUCUCUCUCUGAUGUAUAAAGGUUAAGUUAGGAGCUGCUUCAUACACAGGGUUCAUCUGCUCAGUUAUUUGCCUGUGGUAUCUAUGCACAGAGCUGUGCUUUAAAACAAAACCACUGUCUAGUAUUUUGCACUAGGGAAUGCUGAAUUCUCUGACAAAUUGUGCCAGUUAAUAUUCAUAAGGGUACUUGCCAAUUUUGUGUUUGCCAACUGUAGAGGGGAACAAGGAUCUAUGAAGGACACCGCAAUCCUGAGAUGUUUGCUUUUAUAUCUCCUACAGUGGUACUCUGCAACAGCCACUGAGCAGAGGCCAAGCAGGAGUGGUACCCACACAGUAGCAGUCAGUAUGGUGGGACAGAGCCUCAUUUCUGACACAGGCACCGCUACGGUGUAUCUGGACAGGGAUGGGGUUGGGCAGGGUUACCCACUCUGGUCCCAUCCAGGUGUAAAAACUGUGUUUAUGGAAGACAAUCUUACUCGGCUACAAGUGAUCGCCAAAGAAGAAGAUCCAGGUGUACUCUAGUGAUGCUGGUGCUGAAAGGGCAGCUCUGUUCCACCACAGCAAUAACUACAUUGGUUCCUACAUUAAGGAUGUAGGAGAUGUUGAUAAGUAGCAGUGGAGUCAGGGAGUGGUUGGUCAGCUGCAAUCAGAAGUGGAAGAUGCUGCACCAGCAACAUCCUAUACCUGACACCUGCAUCUUGCUAUGCUGUUACUGGGUGGGCACCUAUUCAGCUCAGAGCCAGCCUCUCUCUGUUUCUGUUGCUGCGUCUCAGCCCCCACCUGUAAGAACAUGCUGCUUCCCUAAAUCCCCGUGGCCAAGUACUACUUCCCCCCUCACCUCACCAGCUGCAUCUCCCAUUGUAUCAGGUAAAGGUAAAAAGUAUGUCCAGGUCGCCCAUCUGGCAGCUAUUACACAAUCUUGACCAGUGAUGUAAGAAGGCAUUAGAUUCCAUCCCACCCUGUAUUCUCGUAACACUCAGCAUUGUUUCUGUUCCACUGCAGUUCAUCUUCCGACAAAAACUACAUUAUUUAUCUUGCUGUCCAUUAUGGUGAAAUGUUACAUAAUUAAUUAUGCUAUUCCUCAUCAUUUCAAUUCAGAAGAAACCCAGUGUAAAUUGGGGGGAGGAAAGUCAUAAAUUACGUAGCAUUACAUACUGUUUGUGGACUGAAACCAACAACUGCAGUGGAGACCUUUCCAAACAUUUUAGAGCUUUUUGCUCUGAUGGUUCAGGGAGAUUUUUUUUAGGAGCCAGACAGUCUAUACAAUGGUAGAUAACGUCGACAGCCAGCUCCCACAAUCUUAUUGCUGAAUUAAAAGGGUGUCUGAAUAUGUAACCGCAAACAGUGAUAUCUCUGGAAAACUGAAGGGCAAUUUAACAUUGGUUAGCUUUGUGGUCAACUCUGAAAGCAGAUUUAGGCCAUCUAUCUUAAGGUUCCCUACAUGAGUAAGUAGCUCAUUAUGCUUAAGUUUCCAAGUAAGAAAGAUCACAAGCCUUCUGAGUUCUGGCUCACAUGAGCAAUUCUCGCUUUACCCAGCAGUGGAGUCAUGGAGUUUUUAAUUAAAUCAUGAAGCUAAAUAAAAUAAUAGGAGAGCCGCAGAGCAAAGGGACUCUUGCAAUUCCUAUUACUCGUUUAGUUCAUUGCCUUUGCUCAUUCCAAACAAUGCCAUUCAUCACCAUUCAGGCAAAAAUUACAGUUUGAUUGCAGCAGAAGGCAGUUGUUGUGUGGAGCAAAGGGAUCCUGUGUUUAGAACUGCUUCUGACACUGCAAAAAGGAGCAAGUCUACUUUCUAUUUUUUCUACUAGUUUUCCACCUUUUCAUACAACAUGAACUAGGUGCAGAGUUCUAAAACAGUAUUUUAAUAUUCUUUUGGAAGCCGCCCAGAGUGGCUGGGGAAACCCAGCCAGAUGGGCGGGGUAUAAAUAAUAAAUUAUUAUUAUUAUUAUUAUUAUUAUUAUUAAACCUUCAGAAAUGUUAUUGUAAGUGCUCACAAGUGCCAAGAGGGAAGCUUAGUUCUUGGUUGUACCCUUGUAGGCAGGAGCUCCCAUGACUGAGAUCGCCUCCAGUUGACUGUCACUAUAUUUUGCAGGAGAGAUUAAAACACAAGCUAGAAAUUUAGGUUUGCGCAAUUAAUGGGGAUUAAAGUGCUCUGUCGUCCUGGUGCAACAAAUCCAUCUUAAAACAACACAAGACUUUUUGCAGUUCGGAAAGUAAAAUUGUGUGAUGAAUGAAGAUUAAUGGGAAGAUGUGUAACUACCACACAACAAAUCAAAAGGAUGAUGAAUGCUCAUUGUUGCAUAAUCUCCCCGCUCAAAUUGAGCACUCAGAUGAAGACAGAGCAUAUUCUAACUGCUGUGCAAGCUUCAUACCAUCAAAUUGGGAUGAACGCUCAAUAGACAGGUAGUCUGGAGGAGUGCUGAGUGUUUCCUGCAUACAGAAAACUAGAUGUUAGAGAGGAGGAGUCUAGCCUGGCGUUUACCCUGACAGACUAGUUUUCAGCAUGCAGGAGUUUUAUUUAUUAUUUAUUUACAGUGCUGAGGAACAUUCUGUCAUGGGAGCUCUACCGGUAGUCUAAAGUACAACCCAAACACACAGUUUUUCCUGUCAGAAAAGGACUGUUGAAAUUGAAAAAGCAGUACGUUAUUGGGGAGUUUUUUUCUUGGAGAUUGCACUGAAUCAGCCGGCUCCAUCCUAUGGCUGCCAAUAAUUUUUUACUCUUUGCUGUGUGAUGUAAUGGUAUCACAAAGCAGUGUGGGUGUGGUUACUGCAAUGCAGCCUCUCAUUUAUAAGGCAGAUGUUUUCAUAGGUCCUGAUCCAGGAGAUCCUUUGCACAUAAAUCUGCAUGUUAAGGAACUUUUGAAUAGCUGCUGCAGAACCCUCACAUCUCACAGAAGAUUCUGAGGUGCCUCAGACUUCAGCACAGCAGCUCACUGUACAGCAACCUGUGCCAACCUGGCGCCCUCCACUAAUUUUGGACUACGACUCCCAUCAGCCCUUGACCGCCGUAGAAGAAGAUACUAGUGGACAAAUUUCUUUCCCAUUAUCGGUGUCAGAGGAACACUUUAAUAAGGACCUUUGUUUUGCUUGUGAUUGAUGAAUUUUUCUCCGCUAGUUAAUUGCAGAUGGUGAGGUUUUGGAGUGUCAUACAAUGGGGGGGGGGGAAUAUUAAAGCAACUCGACUGCACCAUGUAUCCCAGCAAUAAAAGUGCACCCAUAGAUUUUGGAAAUGAUAUCCUCUGAGGAAAAGCCUUUGAUUUUGUAGGAUAUGAGCAGCUUUGCUAGUGAAGGGAUGUUGUCAGACAGCUUUCCAUCCUCACUAGCCGGCCCUCUUCCUUCCCCAUCCCCUGCCAAUAAGUGUGUAGAAUCUAUUCUUUUCCAUUCUCUUGCUGGAUCUGAAAAGAAUAGGCUUUUGCCUCUAUUCUCUUUUACCUGCUGUAGGCCUAGCCAUUGAAUUCAGAGAUAACCCGGCUCUGUGCUGUGAAUUUGAAAAAGUUUCUUUUGUGGCAUGUCUUUAUGGAAGGCUACGAUAACUGCCCUCUGAUGGACGAGCAUGGAAAGCAAUACUGGCUUAGCAUUUGGCAGAAUCGAAGCGGAUUCCCCUGUCCUCUUCAGAUGCAGGGUUUUUCCAUCUCUUGGAUCUGACUGCUUCUGAUUUUGCAUUCAGAGAGAGUGCCACUGCUACGAGGGCGACAGCGAAAUGGAAGAUGUGUCCAAUAUAAAUUGCUUCCCUUUCUAUUGCUGCUCUUUUUAUUAAUUUCCAUGCUGGCUGAUUUUAUAGCUUUCUGAGCCUUUUAUUUCCUUUUUCUCGAAGGACAUUUCUAACUAUGGAACCUUGUUUCUGAUUUCUUUUAAAGGAGCAUUCUAGCAUUCUGCUGCCAUGGCUGAAAGCACAGGAAUAAAACAGCCCCCAUAUAUUGGAAAAGAAUAUUGCAGAACUAGCUUUGUGCCUGCCAGCAUGUGAUGCAAUUGCAUCAAAAACGUGGGGAAGGGUUGUACUGAAGGAGACCUGGCCAGGCCCAAGUAUAUUUGUGCUCCCCUUUGGCAGGAACCCAACCCACCCUCGAGCUUUUAAAGCAUUCAUCAAUGCACAUUUAUCUCUCUGCAGCAUGAAGGGAUGGGCAUGCAUGGAUGGGCCAUAUCACAAGUUGAAUACCAUGAGCAGAACUUUUACAAAUGCAGUGUGUUAGCUUCUGAGUGACUCUUCUGUCAACAGAAGGGCUCCUAUCAAUCUCUUGGGACUGAGUCCAGUGGAGGCUCCUGCUGGAGGAAGGAGAGGAGAAGGCAGAGUGUUCAUUGAUUCCCAUUGCACCAGGUCUCCUCCAACCCUCAACCCUCCACAGCAAAUAUACAGGAGGUACAAUGGGAAGGAGGAACCAGCAAAAAUCACCCAAUGCCUUUCUUCCAGCAGGUGUGUCCUCAGAGGAGUCUUGUUCGUGAGAACGCUGGAUCCAGUGUAAUGUUUUACGUUAGAGUGGGUCCACACAUUCGGGUGUCAGUUAUUAACUAGUACGUAUUCAGUAAACAAGUGUAGAGAAAUCACGUGCAUGUGUGCACGCAUGUGUGGUGCAAUCCACUCCACUCAGGGCUGUCUUAUGCAUAUGUGGUGCUGGGGUGCAAAGAUCUGCCCGGCGGCCCCCCCCCGGCUGCCCAGUCCCAGGCGCGCAGGAGGGCAGAGCCGGCUGGCUGCCUCAGUGUCUUACUGGCUUGGUUGCCCCUGAACUCGUGGCGCAGAGCCACCCUCAGCAGAACAACCUGCUGCAGUGCUCCGACCGACGGGCUCUCGGCCUGGUGCCCCUGAGAGCCCGGCGCCCGGGUGCCCUGCACCCCUAGUGCCUAAGGGUAAGAUGGCCCUGAAUCCACUGUUUGCUUAAGGCUGGGUUCCACACCUCUUUUUGAAUCAGGCAGUUUGAGUGCUGGGUUCUUUCAGCAUUACUGUUGGGCAGCAAUGGGGAAUCUCUGGCUCACCAGGCCAUUUUGUCCAACUUCCCAAGCAAUACCCACCACACUACAUCUGUGGGCGGGUAAAGAUGUGGCUCUCUGUCAAAAUCAGAAUUUGAGGGCGCUGCUGAUCAGCUCAUGAGUGUGUUCAAAGGCACAGCAGAAAUUUGCAAGCCCUGUGCCUUUUAAUCCUCACCAUAGACCCCGUGGCAUAGGAAGUGACAAGAAAAAAGUUGCAGCUACAGAAGUGGCAACCAGAUACCUCUCAUCCUGGGACUUGGCUGCUAUUAGGUUGUGUGAUACUUCUGUUUUAAGUAUCCCUCAAGACUUAGAGCUCGCUCAAUCCAAAACCAAUAUCUGCUGGGAUGAGGGAGUUUGAAUUCGGCAUAUCUUGUGCUCAGCCAGUGGAACUUGCACCAGUUGUCUAUCAUAAGGGAUAAACUGCAAGAGCAUUAGAGAAAAGUGGAUUAAAUAAAUCAAUAAAAUAAGUAAUAGCCACUGUGGGGGAACCUUUGGCCCUCCAGAUGUUACUGAAUAACAAUUACCAUCAGCCCCUGCAGGCAUGGCCGAUAGCCAGCUGUGAUGGGAGUUGUAGUUCAGCAAUAUUUGGAGGGCCAUAGAUUGCCUCACACCUGUUUUACUAGUAUGCGCAUGCACACACCCCAUGUGCCUACCUGACUGUUUCCCAUGCCCUCUGUCACAAUCCCUUUUCUAUACCUACAUGUUUGGACAUUUGCUGAGUGAUACCCUUUUUAAAAAAAUGACAAAAGUAAGCUAAAAGGCAGGGAGUAUCAUCAAAGGAGUUUAGUUAGUCCUUUCAAUCCAUCUGUGUGCAAAUACUGGCCUUUCCCAAAGGGUCCCUGGCUUUUAUGAUGGCUUCGCUGGAACUUCCCUCUAUCUAAAGUCUGUGGGUCAAUACAGUGGUACCUCAGGUUAAAAACUUAAUUCGUUCUGGAGGUCUGUUCUUAACCUGAAACUGUUCUUAACCUGAGGUACCACUUUAGCUAAUGGGGCCUCCCGCUGCCACCGGAGCACGAUUUCUGUUCUCAUCCUGAAGCAAAGUUCUUAACCCGAGGUACUAUUUCUGGGUUAGCGGAGUCUGUAACUUGAAGCAUCUGUAACCUGAGGUACCACUGUAAUGUCAUAGCAACAAGAAGUCAUUAAGUGGGACACUGCCUAUGGGGAAACCCAAUUCUGCCAAGUCUCGGGCUCCUGUUUCAGAAAUCCUGAGCUCUUCUGCUCCGUGAAAGAUCCUAAGAUCCUAAAGUCCAUCAGCUGUCAUAAAGUAACCGUGCAGCCCAUUUCACAGAGCCAUGCUGCUUAACUGAGGGUUGUUUUCCCCCUUUCUCUCUCCUCAGUUCAGGCUCAGGUUUAGGGUGCUCAGUUCCCAAAACAGGCACAGCCACCUUUACACGUAAUGCUUGCCAAAGCAGAUAAAAAGCUGUAAGUUUUUCGGAACAGUGCAGAGCUGGGCAAUGUGCCACAAAAUAUGGUUCCUCCAGAAUAAUUUCAUUCAAAACGUUUUCAUGUUUAAAAGUAAAAUUAUGUUCUAAUUAGGAGGCAGGACACUUGUAAAGGUUAGGCAGGAUGACAGAAUAAAAUUACAAUGCAUGUCUUGCUGCUCCAUUUAAUUUCUUGCUCCUGAUCUUAAUUAGGGAAGGCUGUUUUCACUGGCCACGUUACUGGGGGUGAUUCCUAGGAUCUGGCAUAGGAGGCUGCCAGCUGGCAUGCCCUCCUGCCAGGAACCCCAGAUCAGGCAAAGGGCACGUGGCCUUUUUCCUUCCUGCAACAUCCUCAGUCACCAGGACAGGAGGCAGAGUUCGCAGUGAGAGUCAAGACUGCAUGGUGGUUGCUGUGGGGCAUCCUGCUAGCAGCUUCCUUUCCUUAUAUGGUAAAAAUGGCAAAAGAGGAAACAGGGGGAAGGACUCUUCCUCCUCUCUCUCUCUCUCUCUCCUCUUCCCUCCCCUUUCUAGACCAAUCUUAUCAGGCCACACCAGUGACAUAUAGAUUUAAAUGAACCAAUUGCAACUCUCCCUUUUCAACAAUAGGUUUCUCCUGCCAUCUGUACGGCAGACACGUGGAUGGGGAAAUACGCGUUGUCAAGAGGCAGUGACUAGCUAGCUAGCAACGCAGUGUUCUAGGAAUUGUGCCCCUUGUGCAUUUCACAGCUCUGGCCCCACAAAGUCAACCAAUGGGCUUCAUAGAUAAAUGGGGAUUUGAUCCUUUUUGACCGGUUCCUAGUCCAGUGCUCUAACCACUGCACCAUGCUGGCAACCACACUUCUCUCCCCCCUAAAAAAAGAAUCCUAAUAGUAAGCUGAAGGGUGUGUGUGAUUUUCAUCAGGACUGUAGCAUGCAUGUGGACCUUUUCCCCAUGCCUGGUGUGUGUGUGUGGAGGAAGGAGAGUUAUUGGGAAGGGAAGAGCAAAACCUCCUCCCAGCACUGCAGGCUUGAUAAAAAUGCGCUUGCACACUCACUCAUACACAAAAUUUUACUAUUCAUUUUCUUUUUUUAAACCACACAUGGUUUCUAAUAAUACCGUUAAAGUAGCAUCUAAUUUACUCUUUUUAAUUUCAUGCAUCAGCAAAACCCUUAAAAGCUUAUCUUCACUGUCAUACCAGUGUUUAAUAGACUUUGGGAGUGAAGAUCAGUAGGGGAACGGGCUUGCACAAUUCUUGAUUUGUGUUACCUUGAUAUUUGUGUGCUGCUUUUUCUAACAACCAAGCUGAGCCCAAAGCAGUUCGAAACAGUAACCAAUCCUUAACCAAAUAAAAAGCAGCAUUUUGAUCACAAUAAUCAAAUCAGCAUAUACGGUAACAUAUUAUAAAUAAAGAAUAACAAUUCAAUAAAAGCAAAUUUAGUUCUACAAAAAUCUGGCACUUGCCUGCAUUUCUGUCAUUUUUUGUUAUGGUCAAUUUUACCCACAGAUAAUGUCCAAAACAGAUCUUUUUCAAUUUUUAAUUUUUUUUCUCCUUCUGAAGAAUUUUUUUAUUAUUAUUACAUAUUUCAACACAAUAAUUUUAACAAAAAUACAUCAUCAAGCCAGAUUUUUUCAUAGUUGUUUUUAUAUAAGUUUAUAUUCCUUGAUGUUAACCAAAUCCCUAGAUACUGUACUUAACCUUCCUUCUGAAGACUUUGGAGAGCUUGCAGCUUUGAAGUAAUAGCAAAAUCUAUUCCCACCAAAAGCAGUUGGGUGGAUGGGGUUAGUCUGGGAAAAUCCAAGAAAAGUUUCUUCCAGUAAAAUGUUCAGCCUUACUUUUGGGUAUUUUUUUUAGGAAAGGGGUUAGGUGGAUAGAGAAAGAUGCACCCAUUUGUGCAUUGAGAGGAAGACCUGGGAUCUGGCUCUGGGGUCAGUCAUAGCAUUAAGGUUGUCAGAUUUUCUGCCAAGGUUGUGGGGGGGGGGAGUGUAAACUUAGCUGGCUCUGUUCAUGCACCCAUGCCUGAAAUGCCUUUUCUUGAGUCACAGAUGCAGAGAGCUUAAGCAGACUUAAUUUGUAGGGCAAUUCGGAUUGUAUCAAUGACGCUAUUGCCAAGGGCACUGAUCUGUGGCACAUCUCCCAGGUAAACUGCUUAAGAGAGAAAAAUACAAGAAUGCUGGUGAGUUCUUCAUUUCAUUAAAUUAAACACCAGCAUGCUGAUAGAGGUAAUCAAAUUUUGUGAUUAUUUUACGAUAUGCCCAUUGCAAUUUAAACAAAUCCAUUGCCCAACUUGUCAGAAGGUCUUUUUGUGCAAACAAGCUCCCUUGCAUAAGAGACGUUUUGGGGAGACUCGGAAGGACUAAAUUAUAUGUGACGUAAAGCACUUAAUUUGGUGUGGUAUGUAUAUUUAAAAAAACCAAAAUAAAACCCAACAGCAACAACUGUAAAUCAUAGCUACCAAAAAAGGGCAGAAUAAGAAUCGCAACUGCAGAACCCUCUUCCCCACACCAUAGUCCCAAUAAAAAAAUCACCCCCUGAAGCUGCUAUUUGCAGUUGUUAAAAGAUAUACACCAGAGGUAGCUGAAUUGAUGCCCUCCAGAUGUUGUUGGAUCACAACUGUCAUCAGCCUUAGACAGCAUGGGCAGUGAUUAGGAAUUAUGGAAGCUAUAGUCCAACAGCAUCAGGAGGACACCACAUUGGCUACUCUUUAUAUGUUCUAUGCCAAGCUGUGCUUUUAAUGUCACAUUUAGUUUGUCCCUAAGGAUGGUAGGGUACCACUUUACCUCAUAUUUCACCACACAUCUGCCACUUAUCAUUGGUUUUUUAAAAAAUCUGUAACAGAAUGGUACAGGUGACCACGUUCACCCCAGAACAGUUUGACUAUCUGUACAGGGUUUUUCUAAAUAACUGCCACAAUGUUGGUGUCUCUUACCAAGGGUAAUGGAACAGUGCUUAAUUCUUAAAUUAUAGGCAACAUAUAGGUUCUGCGCAGUAAAUGGGAACUGGAUUGGGAAUUGGGCUCUUUUGUAAUUGUUUACUGGUGAGUCUGGCAGUUAGACAUUGUGCUAAAUAUGCUCUUUGCUCACCCCCAGAGACAAACUAAUAUAGUAGAAUGAUCCAUGGCUUUUCUGCUAGUUUGGUUAUGAGACUCCUUUUAUGUUCUCAAAUAUCUGAUUACUGGAAACUAUACUGAAUAAUAGGUGAUGGGUGGAUUGCUGUUCAGUUGCUGACCGGAAGGUUGGGUGCAAGCUACCAUCCACUCAUCUUAGGGACUCGGAUCUAGAUUUCUUUUCUUCUCCUGAAGCUAAUCAGUUGUAUAUGGCACAGUAUACAUACACAUUGCAUUGCAUCAGCAGGUAUGGUAGAAUUAGAAGUUAUUAAUAAAUAUCCAGUUUGCUUAUACCCGUGGAUGUUAACUAAAAUCCAUACAUGAUGGUAAAUAAAAUGACAUUUUAAAAUAUUUUAUAUUUGCUCACUUAGAAAUCUGCAUGAUUGCCAUUUUACUGAUAGUAUAUCAGCAGAAUCCUGAUAAGUCUCAGCUUUAAAAUGAAAUACUAAAGGCCAGGGUGGGGUGAGGGGCUGAAUGUGAUCAAACUGCUUAAUCCAGUGCCCUGCUAGGCACUCAGACUGGCAGUAAGCAGUUUUGCACUCAUCAGUCGUUUUCUGUUUUUGUUUUUAUUUUAAAAACUUGAUUUCUCUCCCAUUGUAAACAAGUGGAAAGGAUUUAACCAUGCCAGCUUGGGGACAUUUGGGGGGACUGUGAAGGUGCUAGUUUCUUCAGAUCCAAACCUUACCCUGGUUCACCCCAGCAAACUCCCAAAUACUCCCUCCUGGUGCAAGAGUGCAACUGUUUUGCAGACUUGUUGUCCCAUUCAGUCUUUCUGAAAAGCUUUGGGGUCAGACACAACCAAAGCACAGGCCAAACCUCUGUCCGAAAUGGUGCCUCAUUCCCAGCAAAGAAACAAGCUGCUCAAGUAAAAUUCAGAUGGCGUUACAAUGCUUGGAUAUGGGCGAUGCCAGAACCCUGCUGCCUGCUAACCACCCAGGGAUGUCUUUGGAGCUGAGACAAUGUCCCUCCUACUGAUGUUGAGCAUGCUGGAGACUUUGCAUGUCAACCGAGAAGCAGUGCUUACCAGAAGUGAAGACUUGGAACUACUGGAGAACUUGCUAUCCAAAUGGCACAGUCAUCUUGCCUGCUUUAUCUGCAAUAAAAAGCUAACAGUAUCCCCAAAGUGAUGUCUGAGAAAUGAAAGUCUCAUGAUGCUGAUCCAAAGGUUACAGCCUCCAUAUGGAGGCUGCCUGAAACCACUCUUCUGCGAUGUUGCUCCACAAGAGGGCUGUGAGCCAGGCUGGUGUUUGGAGCCUGAAUGCUUUGGAGGUUAUUUUAAGGACUGGUUGCACCCAUAUAGAACCUGCUCAUGCCAUAGGAUCUGCCUCAGAGGUGCUAUUGCUCUGGUUCACCAUUAAAGAAGAUCAAGCUGUUGGGUACCAUGGACAGGGCCUUUUUAGUGAUGCGCCUGCAUCUCUGGAAUUGCUUUUCUUAAAAAUGUUUUGUAGCCCCUCUUAGGUGGUUCUUAAAUGGACUCCAAAGGCCUUUUAAUUUCGUUGAGCAUCUUUUGGCUUCUUGCUGCUUGCUCUUUACUUAUAAAAUCUCAUUAAAGGUUACAUAAGGCUCCUUACAAUCCUCUGCCUACCUGCAUUGCUGGUGGUCCUGUCUGUCUAUCUAUUGAUUGAUUGAUUGAUUGAUUGAUCAAUCCACCCACCAUGAAGCAAUGUUUUCACUCACCUUGUGCUGUGAUUCACAUGGAGUUGUGUUAUUCAAUGGGUUCAACAGCAUGCAUUUGCAAAUGCACAUUGGAUCAUUGAUGUCAACCAGUUCCAUGUGUAUCAUACGAUGGCAUGACCAAAAUUAGUUUGGGGUGGCGGCUGUUGUCUGCCUAGGAGGGGGAGAUGCAUUAGGAGAUAUGCUUCACUCUGUAUAACUUCUGUUUCUUGAUAUCAGAUACUUUAAAACAUAUGUGCUCUCUCUGCUAGAUAUAUAGGUUAAAUAUCUAGGAGAAGGGCCAUAAAAUUGAGGGCUCCCUGCUGGAUGCUCUUAAGUGAUGCUGUCCCACUGCCAAUUUACUGCUGAGAUUUGAGAAGCAUCAAUUGUGGGGAUUAGAGAGGUACGAGACCAGGCACACUUUAUCUGCCCGCUGCUAGCCAAUGCUGCAGCAAAGCCAGCUGCUCUGGCCUCUGCUCCUUACAUUCUGCUCCCCAGAGUCAUGUUUGGCAUUAUGUCACAAGGUGCUUUGUUCUCUACUAAUUGGGAGCUAUUAUUCCAGGAAGUAGAUGAUAGAGGGAGGUGCAGGGUAAUGUGCCGUGGAACUGCUCCCCGCCCCCCAGUCCCUUGGGCCAGUGCCGCAUUUAACCAUGUGGAAUGCAAGAAGGGAGCAGGCAGAGGUGUCAACUGAAGUGGAAAAAUGCAAGCAAAGCAGUUUUCUCCCAGGCAUGGAGUCAACCAUCUCCUCUUUGACAAUCUAAGGAACCCGCUCUCCAGAAUCAAAACGCUAUGUUAGCUAAUCCCUACAGGAGCAGAGUGAACAACCUGUGCUGCAGUUUUUUAAUUUUUGCCAUUGCUUUGAGAUGUGCCUAUUAUCAUUGGGCGCCUGACAUACCAGUUUAGCUCAGGUCUGUGUUGAUUUUGUAGGCUGCCUUGCUCCUUUUAUAAGUCCUUUCCAAUUUGUGCUGAAAUAUUUCUCUCUCCCCCCCCCCCACCUCUCUCUUCCUGUCUUGUUUGUCUGUUUUCAUCCUCCUGAUGUUCCCACUAAUUCUAAUAAAGCUGGGCCAGGCAGGCAAGCAGGAGGCAGACUUGGGAGGAAAUAAUUUAUUCCAGUGAGGCAUAAUCCUCUAAAUAUGUCAGAUUCUUUGCUGUGGUGCGGGUGGGGAGGGAUUUUGAAUAGAAUAGAAGAUGGGCAGCAGCUUUAUGAGCCAGCUAAGUACAGUACAGUGUCACUGGAAUGGAAGUCAUUUAAACCUGUUUCAGUGAUUUUGGUGCUGGUGGUGUCAAAUCUGUCCUGUACUAGGUUCAAGGGGAGAUGGGGAAGAAAUAAUGGUCUGUGGGCAGGAGUCCUGUUGCUUGCCGAGUGCUUGUCAAAGAACAGUGCGUUUGUGAGGUGUGUGUGUGUGUGUGUUUUUUAAACAAUUUUUGAGUCAGGCGAAUUAGCAAAUGUUAUGUAAGCAAUGAGAUUUGUUUCUCCCAGGAGUCACGUGGAUUGGUGUAGCAAAAAACUCUGACUGGUGUCCACAGAGGCUUAUCAGCUCCGGCUAAGCUAUAUGACUCAUUCAAACCUUCAGUUUCUUAAUAUUAGUAUUCCGUUUAUACCCCACCUUUGUUCCAAGGAGCCCAGAGUGAAAUACAUGGUUCUCAUCUUCCCCAUUUUACUCUCAGAACAACCCUGUGAGAUAAGUUAGGCUGAGAGGCUGUGUCUGGUCCAAGGUCACCCAAUGAGCUUCAUGGCUGGGUAGGGAUUUGAACCUCAGUUAUCUCAGGCCUUGGUACAGUCAUCUUGCAAAUUAGCCCAGGCACAAUUGCAUCCCAUGUGAGAAGCUUACAGAAGCUGGGACAUGAUCUGCUGUGAAAGGGUUCUUAAAAUCUGAAAUCUGGGGAGAUGAAGUGACAUAAGAGGUCUGCAUGCACAUAUCUACACCACUUGAAUUACCCUCAUUUGAUGGAUCACAGCUAAAUGUGCGAACUGAUUCAACCGAAAAGAAAAUUUAGGUGACCUUUCAUCUUCAGUGUUCUGAAAGUUCUCUUGUGUGAUGACUCAUUCAGGCAUGGAGAUUGGCUCCAAAUGUGGUCCAGAGAGGAACAUGAGCUCCAAAGUGCAUGGGCAAGAGACGUCUGCAAGGCAGUUUGUAAGAAGCCAGGUAGUCUUCUUAAGCUCCUCAACAGUCUGUAAGUUAUUAGUGAUUAGCCUUGGAACUGUACCACAGCAACAGCAGGCAUUCAGCAGCUUUUACAAAUUUAUUGUCAACUGUCCUUGAUAUUCAAAGCACAAAUCACACAGCAAGCCUUGCCACAUCUAAACAUAUCCAGGCAACUUCUUAGGAAGUGAAGAAGCCCUCAUACAGGUGGUUCUUUUCUGGACCUUCUGGUUAGAUGGGGGUUCCUAGCUGGUGUCUAAGCUCUCAGCCCCCUUCUGAAUUCUAUUUCCAUUGCUUGGUUUAGGAUGAAGUCCUUUUUUUCUUCGUUUUUCAUUUUAUACGCAUACAAACAUAAAACUUACACGUUUACUACUAAAUGCAACAAUGAUGAGAAAAAAGGCCUUUCCCGUGCAAGCUCAUUAUAUUAUAAACUCUCCAAAUGCAAUUCAUCUGACAGACUGGUGCGGUUUUUUGUCAGGUGUAUUCUGCAACAUGUCACUGACACAGCAAUAGUGCAUUAGUAGUGGAUUUAUAUUGAACCUUCCACACAUCAAUCCCCUGUCCAGCUCUAUAUGCUUCCCCAAUGUUAUUGCAUUAUUGCUGCCUGGAGGGGCACUGUAGCACAACAGUCUGGUUUCAUGAUUAAUUUUGAUUGAUUUUACCUACUGUAUGCUUUUUGGAACGUGUAUGUAUACGGCUUCGAAAGCUUGGUGAUUAAGUGGUGUAAAAAUAGCGGAAAUAAAUAAAAGCAGGACAAAGAUAAAAUAAAAUAAACCAGGACAUUUUUUUUGUAUAAAAAGUUGUAGGAUUUCAGCAGGAAAGUUAUGGGACAUGCUGUGACUGGGAACAAAGCAGUAUUUCCGCCCCAAAUCUUUUCCAGGUGCAAACAAUGUUAAAAGUGGGAUCAUGUAUAAUGGCUUGAUAUCACAACGAGCACACAAAUAAUCAUGAAUGCACCAUCAACAUGACAUCUGGAGUAGCCAAGAAUCUCAAAUUUAUAUCAGCAACUAAAAGGCUUAAAAUAGUUCCAAACUAUAUUUCUGUUCCAUUUGAUUGGUAAAGAGCAGGGCUUUUUUUCAACGGAACUGAGUUCCAGCACCUUUCAGGUGGGUGCCAGUGCCAUUAUAAGAGAAGGAGGGAGGCAUUCAUGGUGAGUUCCUGUACCUCUGUUUCUAGAAAAAUAGCACUGAUAAAGAACAACCAAGUUUUCUCAAAGUGUUAUUUUCUGGUGUCUUCCUUCUUUUAAUCAUAACAUCGCAGUAAGCUCAGUGAGGUAAUGUGCCAUGUUUAUUAAACCACUCUUCUUCAGUUGGCAUUAUCUGAGUACGCUCACAGUACACUGAGUUGUUGUUAGCUUCUUCCUUUUUUGCUGUACUUAGCAGGUUUCUUUUCCAAUUACAAUGUUCUGGGUGUAUAACAUUUUUAAGAUAUCCUAGAAGAAUUUGCAACAGACUCACUGGUUUAUUAUAUAAAAAAUCAUAUUUUGCAUAAUAUUAACUGUCAGGGGUUCAGAGAGAGAGGCACAGGGUAGGCAGGAGAUGGAGAGCGAAGGGGAGGAAUUCCAAGCCAGUGAGGAAGAGGACGACAAUGACUCAAGGGAUUCCAUGAGUCUUUCCAGCGAAUCAGAGGAUUCCCAGAAGGGGGCGCCGGUGGUCAGGGCCAGGGGAGCCCCAGGGGGGAGAUGUCAGGAGCAGGGUGCCAGCGGAGGAUCCCAAAGUGGCAGCUGGGCGUCAGGACCAGCCUCCCCACCAAAGUGCAGCGAAGGGGGUGGAGUUUCCAGUGUGUCAGAGGAAGGAGCUCCAGCAGCAGAGAGAGGAGGGGGGUCAGAGCAAGCAGCCCUCCCGGAAAGGGAGGGGAGCAGUGAAGGGAGCAGUGUAACUGUCAAAAGGAAAGUUAGAGGCGUGGCGCGCGCGCCUAGUUCAAAUGUAGAGGCGCGCGGAAGUGCAGGGAGCCCGGAGGAGGGGCCAGGUCCCAAAGCCCGCAGGAGGGGGGAGCAGCAGUCUGAUUCCGCGUCAGAGGAAUCCAGAAAGGGGCAAACCCCAGGGGGCAGAAAGACCCUGCGGAAAAGGAAGGAGAGAAAGAGGUGGAGCAGCGCAAGUCUCUUAAAUUGGUGCAGAGGAGGAACUGACUCAGACGGGACUUCGGCGGUCUAGCGUAAGAGACGUAAGGCUGCGCGCCUAAGAUGUCAAGCAAACCAUGAACUGCAAUAAACACCUUUGUAUUCAAGAAGACGUAGGCGUUGGUCUUUUGUGAGCUAAGACUUGAGGCAGCCUUGACAUUAACAAUUUCCCCUAAUAAACUUCUGGUUUUCUUUCCACCUAGGUACACACAUAUAGCCUGCUUUAUGUUUUCAGCAUGUCUUGCUGACAUUUGGAUAGAUUUUUGUGAGGUGGUGCAGAGUCAAAUGCCAUCAGCAUGACUUCUUAUUAAAAAAUACUUUUAUAUUUACACAAAGUGAUAUGCCAAAUUAUUUGAAGACAAAGAACAGCAGGAUAAAUUGGACAUUUAUAAAGUUUUUCAGACCUGGUAUAAGCUCUGGGGGGGGGGGAGUGUAGAUUUUCUGUUUGGUUUCAGACUGAAUGCUGAUAGUGUUGCAGCUGUGUUAAGCAUCUAUUAGCAAAUCACUGUGACAAUACCAACAUGCCAAUUCACAUAGUCCCAGGAGCAUUAUUUUAACGUAGUGGGAAAAAUGAACACACAUAUGCAUAAGUGCAAGUGUGUAUCUAUUAUUAUUUUUAAAAAUAAAUUUAAGUCAGAGAGACCAUAUGUACUGACUCACUGACAUAUCUAGCACUUGGCUUGCUGGUGUGUCUAUAGUUUGCACAGCACCAGGUUCACACUGUGGGAGAAGAACUCACAGCGACUGCUUCAGUAGCUGCAAUUUGCUGGGAGUAAUUUCCAUUGAAUCUAUAGAAUCGUACUAUGAAACUUCUUCACUGGCAGAUUCCCACCUCCCUCUAUGCCAGUGCUGCUCUGUGGUGAGCCAUCUUUGUUCUCUGCUAAACGUUCACCUCUCGUGCUGUCUUUAUUCUGUCUUUCCUGGCAGAUCAAGUUGUACCCUUUGAUCACACAAGAAAUGCUUCUUUGCCGUUACCUGCAGCCUUCCCCAGAGAGAACAGCAGAGGAGAAAUAAUUAAAGCAUGAAGAAAAUCAGGCAUCUCAAAACAAGCCCUCCUAGGCUCGGAGAGGACCAGGUGAGGUGGUGAGCGGAUAAGAGAAAAUAACCUUGGGGAAAACAUGGACAUCUUAUUCAUGCAAACUGGGGAUGCUCUGCAAGGCUUUACAUUAUUAUAUUAUUUGGGGGGGGAAUCAUAUGCAGGUGUAAGUACUCUAGUACAAAAUCCAUAUACAUCAGAAAGAGCCCGUGUGGGGUAGUGGUUCAUGUAGUGGGCUUGCUUGUAAGAAAUGCACAUUCACACGUUUAGCCACAGUGAAGUCUCCACAGAGAGAAGUUUUAAGGUAGAAAAUGAAAUAAUACACUGCAUGCUUCCAUGAGGUUCCUGGGGUGAUGCUGAGAGAAUAAUUUCCCCACUCCUCAAUCUACCUUUUCACUAACCAUGUGAGGUAGGCUAGGCUGAGAGACAGUGAUUGGCCUCAGGUCACCCAGUGAGCUUUAUGACCAAGUGGGGAUUUGAACCGUGGUCUCCAAGGUCGUAGUCCAACACUCUAACCACUACACCACACCACACAGAGCAUGCUGAACAGCUGUAAAGUCGGAGGUAGUGGGUGAGCUUCACUUUUGGUUACUUCUGUGAUCGUUGGCUGCCCGUCUUCUCUUUGGAUGCUGUGUCUCUUCUGUAAGCUCCCUUUUCUUCUUUGCAUCACCAGGUGUUCUCCAUCCGCACGUGCUCUCACAGUGGAGAUGUGCCUGCUCGUUGAUGUGAGCACCCAGAUAGCACAGCCCCGCUGUCUGUGGCUAGGACUCCUGAACAGCAUCUGAGCAGUCCGACAACUCCUUCCUCCUCUUGCCCUCUUCCUUCAAAAAGCAUCAGCCUGUUAGAUUGUCCGCGUCGAUUUGCUAUGACAUACAUCAGCGUUGAUGAGAGGCAGGAACACUGUCGGGUAAUUUUGAGCUGCCAGAAUAAUCAGCUGUAUGCACAACAUGGCUUAAAGGAUUUCUCAGUUAGCAGCAUGCAUCCACUGAAGAACUUGGACGCUCGCAUUUUUACUGGGGACUUUAAUCCUGUGAGCAAAGCAGACAGCACUGCAGGGGCACAUCUGUAUCGAAGUGUGGAGAAUCUACACUGGGCCACGGGGGCUGAGCCGCAUUGCCAUCCCCGCUACGGAAAUGUAGACAAAGAAUUUGUUGUCCGUUACAAAGGCACAGCUCAUUGGUCAAAGUGUUCUGCGGAAGGUACUCCAUCCCCCAGCUCACCUGAAUGCUGCCGACACUUCCCUCUCACGUUGGACAGAAUUCCACCUGCAGCGCGAGACGUCACCCUUCCUCUUUGUGCCAAAGUGCCUCCGUGGCUUUUCUCCUCCGUCGACGGGGAUGCCAAAAAAACCCUAAAGGAAAAACUUCGAAUUCACAGUAGUAAAGCUGCAGAGAUCUGCAAGCCUCUCAGACCUCAGGUUUCCUUGAAUGACCUGGUUCCAAGGGAAUGCUCUGAAUGCCGGGCGUGCCAGCAAUAUAAGAACGGUUGUUCGGUGAACUGUUGCACCAUAUUUGUGCAGCAUGCCACCCUCACUCACGGGCCAUGGACAGCUCUGGGGAGUCAUCGGCCUUGCUUUUCUCGCCGACUAACAAACCCAGAAGACAUCAAGCAAGAAGCUCGGAGAAGGUUGCAGAUCAGGAGACAGAACAGCUCGCCCAACUUGACUCUCCAUUGUGCCAGUGAUGGCCAGGACAUGGUCAAGUCCCAAACGACUGGAUCCUUAAAGGGAUAUGAGGGGGAAGGAGACACCAAAAGGAUUUUGGAGCUGAGCAAAAAAGGGGACUUCAAAGAGAGACUCUACAUUCCAACUUUUGAAGAGUUCAAGCGGAUGAGAAUCAAGGAGACAUGUUUUCUGGGUGGCAGCGGUGACGUGACAAAAGAUGUGAAGGAAGGAACCCAAAAGUUGGAAGAAAAAAGAAAUCAGAACCCUUGUUCAGGUGCCCAGCAAAUUCUUGCCAAAGAAACGGUUGCAACGAUAGAUUAUUAUGAUGAUGUGUUUCAUGAAAAUACCCAGAGCACUUCUGGCCUUGUUGGCUAUCAAGAUAAUUCAUCUACAUGGGACAGGAGCUUCUGCCUGAUGAACAUGCCUAUGGCUAGGGACAAGCGCUAUGAAGUGCCAACUUCAGAUAGAAUCCCGGUCCCCAUUUGUUCGAGUCCAAUUCCAAGACCACCUCUACAGUCUGCUGCAGCCCUUAGGGAGGAGGGACGGAAAACUUUUGCUGAAGGGGAGACUCAGGGAUUGAAUGCAAGACAGCUAAGCGAAGUCCUCCACCAUGCUGGACAGCCAGUGGUGCCUGAAAACCAGUCUUCUUGCUGCCCAUUGCUAUUAGAAGCGACAGAUAUAUCCAGCUAUGGAGCUAAACUGCAGAAAAUGAAGGAUGAAUUUAUAGGCUCUGCACUGGACCUCAUUAAGAAGAGGUAACCAACUCUGUUAGAAUUCUUGAGAGCAAUUUCAGUUUUCGGGUACUUAUAAAUGCACUUUCAAAUUUAGCUGCAUUAAGUAAUUUAUAGAAUUUCCUUGCUGAAUCAGUAUGCUGCAGAGGUGUAAUAAUUUGCACAGACACUUACGCCAUUAAUAGCUUUCCCCCUUUUGACCUGUGGGGAGUUCCUUUCUUUGAGGUAUCAGGCAGCUGUAGGGAAAGAGACAGUGUUGGGGCUGUGUUAAUUUGUGCAGACAUUUUCCCAUAUGCCACUUUGGGAGAACUGAUGAAGCUGGGGUUUUUAACUAACUGCUAUAUCUGAUGUCAGGAAGGAGUUUGCCUAACAAUCUAGAAGGGUAGUCUGGGGAUUGUGGAGAGGUGGGGACUCCCUCUGCCCCGUGGGGGGUGUUUGCUCUGUUCCUUGAGGCACUGAAAUGACUGGUCCUCCUUGUUCAUUGACACACAUCUAGAUCUUCACAGGGAGGGUUAAUUAUUGACUCUGGGCAGAAGGUUGGAGGAAAUGUCAAUCAUGUGAAUGGAGGUGAUACAAAACAUAAUAUUAAAGUCUGUGACCACUUGAAAACUGACUUUCAGGUGACUUGGGCAAAUAAUUAAAAAAAUGCUGCCUAAUAUAUUGGUAGAUUUCCUGCAGUGUGUAUUUGGGGCAACCUACAACAUAAAUCCUAUGAGGGAUAGUUUCCAUGAUGAGUUCAAGGCAGAGACUGAAUUCCCUUGUUGGAACCAUAAGCUUAGGAUUCACUAUUUUUAGGGUCAUACGGGGUGACUGAAUGGAACCCUUAUUGGUUUAUAUAUAAAGAUUUAUGCUCUGCUCUAUCACAUCUACAUUCACAUAUCAUGAUAAGUCAGAUUUUCUGGCAGAUUGUGGUUUAUUGUAAAUGAGCAGCAUGCUCAAUCACUCCCACCUCAUUCCCCCCGGGCAGGAUGAACAAACCAGGAAGUCUUGGCUUCCCAUUACAUCCAAGCUAGGAAUCAUGACUUGUUGCUCCCUAACAAGUCCACAUGUCAUAGGCCAACAACUAUGGCUUAAAUGGCUUAAAGUUUGCUUGUAAUCAUGGUUUGUUUGUUUGUUUGUUUGUUACGGAUCAACAAACCAUGAACCCUGAUUCAGGUAUACUAGGAAGCCAAGGCUUCCUAGUUUAUCUUUCUGGUGCUAGAAGGGGAAAGAAGCAGUUCACAAUAAACCAGAAAAUCUGGUUUAUCGAUGUGCAAACAUGAAGCAAUACAAAAUUUGAAAAUUAAAGUAACAAACAAGAAUGAGAACAAGAAAACUAUAAACGCAACAGAAAAUACAUAAUAUACAGCCUGGUGAAACCCAUCAGAGCAGCAAAAGUCAAUGAAAGGGGUAUUCAAACAUUAAAAACCACACAGGAGCUUGGAGACUGAGAAAAUGCAGCCCUUUGGUCUAAAAAAAUUGAGGCACUCUUGUCUGAUCUACAUAGAGAUUCCAUUGCCCCAAGUGCAGAAAAACGCCUCCUCCUGCUCAGGUGAGCCAGCCUCUGCUCUUGUAUCAUAGAAUCAUAGAGUUGGAAGAGACCACAAGGGCCAUCGAGUCCAACCCCCUGCCAAGCAGGAAACACCAUCAGAGCACUCCUGACAUAUGGUUGUCAAGCCUCUGCUUAAAGACCUCCAAAGAAGGAGACUCCACCACACUCCUUGGCAGCAAAUUCCACUGUCGAACAGCUCUUACUGUCAGGAAGUUCUUCCUAAUGUUUAGGUGGAAUCUUCUUUCUUGUAGUUUGGAUCCAUUGCUCCGUGUCCACUUCUCUGGAGCAGCAGAAAACAACCUUUCUCCCUCCUCUAUGUGACAUCCUUUUAUAUAUUUGAACAUGGCUAUCAUAUCACCCCUUAACCUCCUCUUCUCCAGGCUAAACAUGCCCAGCUCCCUUAGCCAUUCCUCAUAAGGCAUCGUUUCCAGGCCUUUGACCAUUUUGGUUGCCCUCCUCUGGACACGUUCCAGUUUGUCAGUGUCCUUCUUGAACUGUGGUGCCCAGACCUGGACACAGUACUCCAGGUGAGGUCUGACCAGAGCAGAAUACAGUGGCACUAUUACUUCCCUUGAAGUAAUGUAAGCCAUGGGUUCUGCAAGUAUGGGACUGAGAUCCAUCGCACAGUGUUAUUUUCUUUUGUUCACAACAUCCCUUUUGCCAGGCAGGGUCAUAGUAAUAGAUGGACUUUAUCAAGCUCAGUUUGCUUACAUUCAGAGCUUUCUGAAAUUGAUUCAUUGCUAUGAAAAGCACAAUGGUCAUUUCAACCAGUUGCCAAGCUUCUCAUGACUUUGAGUCAAAAGCUUAUGAGACCAAACAGUUUCCCUUUGAAAUUGUAAAACUGAGAGCCAUUAUUUGCUCAAAACCCAGCUGUCAUUUUCUUCCAGAGCUUUAGCAAUCUCAUGGAGGAUCUUGUUUUGACGAUGGGAGUUUCUGGCUCAGCGGCGGGGUGUCACUAGAUUUGAAAGGCAACAUAUUCUCAGAAUUUGGCAGUGAAAUGACAGGGUUGCAAGCCUUAGGUUCACUUCAGCAACAUGUGGCGCUGAGGCUGCUUGAAAUUGGGUCCUUGUGGCAGUUGCUCCAUGGGGCCAGGUAUUCAUAUGCCUUGUCUUGCCGUGUGGAUUUUCCCCAUGCCGCAUGAUUUGACCCAGUGCUUGUUGUAAGAAAACCUCAGUAAUAUGAAUAACAUGGGGAGAUCUGGUGUGAGGCCAGUCCGUAAGGUGAGCUGCUGCAUACAGUCAAUUGUUUACAUGGAGCAGCAUCUUUUCAGCACAUAAAAUCAUAAGAAGAGCACUGCUGGAUCAGACCAAAGGUCCAUUUGGUCCAGCAUCCUGUUACCACAGUGGCUACCCAGAUGCCUACAAGAAGCCCACAAGCAGGACAUGAGCGCAAUAGCACUUAUGCUGUCCAGCAACUGGUAGUGAGAGGCAUACUGGAGGUAAUAUAGCCUUCAUAACUAAUGGGCAUUGAUACCCUUUUCAUCCAUGACAAUUUUAUCAUUUCAGAUUGUUAGCAUUCAUUCAUGUGAAGUGGAAGACUUCCUGGGUUAUUCUUGUCAUUGGCUUCUUAAGAUUCUGCUGGAAUUUUGUGCGUGUGUUUGAAUUACAUGCAACACAUCUGCCCUUUAUUUCUGAACUUUCUUCCAAAUGUAAUUUACUCAGCACAUUUAUAAGCAGCUUAAUGUUUUAAUUCUGAGCCUCUAAUUUGUAGUGUUUUAUCUUCAUGGAAUAAUCUAAAGCCUGUCAUGAAUUGUAGAGCAUUUAUUUUUACUUGAGCAAAAAAGAAAUGGUUGAAAGCAUGAUUGAAAGGAGAUCCUGAUUUAUUACCUGUUUUACCUUUUGAUUGUGAAUUGUGUUUACCAGGCUUUCUGAGGAAUUUGACUUCUGAAGACAGAGAAAGAUGAAAACCUAGGGCAUUAUUAAUAGUCAAGUCAGUGAAUGGGCAGGAAAUCAGAUCAUCCAGUAUAUAAGGAAUUAAAUAAAGACAGGCAAAAAUUUUACGAUGACAGAGAAAGCAGUUAAGGAAAUAAAAGUCCCAAGGUUAAAAAAAUAAAAAAUAAAAAUAUUUGGAUUUGAGCAUAUUAAAGUGCAUGAAGUUGCUGGGCAAAAUAUUGUUUUCUUUCAAGGUCAAAACAGCAGCCAAUGUCAAGGAUGAUAUGGGGGAAGUGAGAAGAGGAAAAAUUCAGCCAUAACAGAAAGGCCCAGCUUGUAGAGUAGAGGAAGGAAUGCUAGAUGACAGGGUGCCUCAAGAUUGAAGUAUUGCUCAGUUAUUUAAGAGGUGGAUAAAGAUGGUUCCAUAAUAAAAUCAAAGAUGAAGUUGGACCAUUUGGGAUCUGCAGCAGUGAGGUACUAAAUAGGGUGGAGCCUUGGGAACAAUUUUUUUUCAGUGAAGCAGGCAAAUGGACUACCCUUCUCCAAAAACUGAAGCCAGUUACCAUGUCUAGCAGAAACAAAAACAACACCCGCCUCAUAUACUGAUCAUCCUAGCUUCGUUCGAAUUAGGCACAUCUCUGAUUGAACCACCUCAGCCACAAAUAGUUGCAGUACCAUUAUGUACAUUUCCCCCCCAUCCAGAAAUCUUCCAUUACAUUAAUUCCUUGCUCUAAUACCAUAUGGAAGAACUACUCUCACCUGGGAGAAAGAGAUAGAAUAGAUGCAAAAACAGUCGGCCAAGAGGCAGUUGAGAGGAUAUAUAUCAUGAGAACUAAUGUACAGAUAAGAGCACUCCAGUAUCCAAUAAAUAUGGAACUGUGUGUAUAUGAUUUCUUGAAUAUAAACAGAAAUAACUUCCUACAAAGGAAAAUUCCCAGUAGUUUUAAUAUAAUUUGCCAUUUUGCAUAUCGCCUGAAAUACCUACCGUACUCUCUCUUUCUCUGGAAAACUGAGGUGGUGUUCACAGUUCUGUUUAUUCUGCAUCUAGUGUACUUCCACAGCUGGUUUGGGAAGCAGGGCACACAGAAUAUUAGGCACAUCUAAAUCCUGUAAACAGCUUCCCCACCAAGUGCCACCCAAAACAUGCCAAACUCCACCACAAUCGCUCCCUCCAAACCUCCUUUCUCAAACUUAACUCAAAGGUUGGUGCAAAAGCUCAUGAGAUUGCAGUUGCAAAGGCUCCUGGGAUUGCUAGCCAUUUUUUUCUGCUCUUUUCACACCAUUUUUGUAGUUCUUGUGCUCUUUUAGGACUGCUUUUGCCUUUUUCUUGCCUUUUUGAAGUUUAAAUCUAUCUAUUGUUUCCCUGCACUGAGCAUAUACAUGGCCACGCAAGAAUCGAACAUGCAUAAGCGGGGAGAUACUUUUACUGCAUUUUGAUGCCUUUCCUUCCAAACUAGCUUCAGUUGAGAAAUAGAACAAGCUAGCUGCAUUCUAAGCUGGGAAUUUGUCCACAGUGUGUAUAAUAUUGUGGGGCAGAAAGCGCUGUCAUCCCAGUUAGGCAGAGCCAUAGAGUUGGAGAACACUGAACUGGCAUGGACUCCAACCUCCCUUUUCUUCCCCACAAGGCAGGAUUAUCCAUGCACCAGCUCCUUACAGAUCAAUUCAGAACACUGUGCCACAAGCUGAAAGCAGGAGUGAAUAAGUCACACACCCCUGAGCUGUCUUCAUAUCAGAUAAUACCAAGUGAUUCAUGAAAGUGAGCCAAGCCACAUGAAUAAUAUGUAUACAGAUAUUAUCCAAUGUCACUAUCCAGAGUUGGUAUAGUUACUCUGUUGUUGUUUUGUUAAAUGGUGUAAUUUUUUUAUUUUAAAAAUGCUAUAUGAAGCAGCAUAGUAACCAAAGAUUCACUGUAUAUUUGUGAGAAAAUGUGUGAUGGGCCACACAGGGAAUAUUUAUUUUAAAAGAUGUAUUUUGUGUUUUUGUAUGAAGGGUUGCCUAGAGGGCAACUAUCUAGAAUGGUAUACAGUUCUUUAACACAAGCAGAAGGAAGGAUACUGCAGUCUCCUGAUGAUUCACAAGAUCCCCAAAUGCAAUAUAUCAAAUAAGCAAAGCAUGCAUUUUUGUAUGUGAUUGACACCUGGAAAUCUUAAACCCCUUCACCCAUUCAUAAUUGUGUGCCGAGUGUAGUGAACACUUCAAGUGAGCUACAUAAAUGCUAAAUAUUAUCUCUGUUUCUGCCACCGCUAAUCCUGUAUAUGUGGGUGUGACUAGGUUUUGUCCUCUCUCCUGUCCCUCGGGGCUUGGAUAUACAGUUUCCUCAUCAUUUAUGAAUGAGAAAUUAUUCAUGGUAUCUGAUAAUUUAGGGGAGCACUUUCUUUCUGAUGACAGAACAGAAAGUUGUCUCCUAUCUUAGUGCAAAUAAAACAACUAAGAGGGACGAGAAGCUUAAAGAUUUCAUGCACUUUAGAUGCUGCUUUUAUACAGAAAUAUUAAGGGGGGGCAACCCUUUAAAUUUACAAACAUGUUUCAUUAAAAAAACCGCACACACAACCCUAUUAUCCACUGCAUCAGCAGAAGUCCGUUUAUGGAAUGGCAUAUGUAAGAGAAAGAAGAUAUGAGGUACUUUUGACUUCACAAGGUAGAAGACCUGUAGAAUAAUACACUGUAGCUUUAAAGAUGCAUUUUCCUCUCAACCCCUGGAGUUGGCUCUGGACUGCUGUUUGUGCAGAACAUUAAUUGGGGUGGUGUCCCUUUUUUCACAGCUGCAGUGGCGAAGCUACCCCUGAGCCCCCUUCCAAAGGAUUUUGUGAACUUAAGAAGGAUGACCUCACUUUUGUGGAGGACUCGCAUCAACCCACCGUGAGUUGCAUGGCCUGGGGCAGAAAGGGGUUUCAGAAGUGUUGGGUAAGGGGCUGUAACUUUACUUGCUAUGACAGCUCUCAGCUAUUCUGUACCCCUGUCACUAAUACUCUUCUGGCUCUCCUCUCCAUGCCCUUUCCUCCCUCCCUUCUUCUACCUCUCUCCCCUCUCUCUCUUUCCUGUUUUCCUGCACCCCAUCUCACCCUUCCUGCUUCUGGGUGGCUGCGAGGAACAAGCCAAUGAAUGAAGAUACCUAAGGCACAUCAACACUACCGUGCAAAUCCAGCUAAAGUUACAUGUGACUAAGGGCCCCUCCAGACUGGUGCAUUUUGGAGGUGUAUUCCAUAACGUGUCAUUCAUGCAGUAAUAGUGCAAUCAUGUUGGAUCGACGCUGGACUGUCCACACAUUAUUCUCAUAGCUGUCAACGUUCCCCUUUUUUAAGGGAAAUUCCUUUAUUCCGAAUAGUAUUCCUGGCAAGAAAAGGGAAAAGUUGACAGCUAUGAUUAUUCUGCUUUAUCAGUUGUUCUGCAAAUGUUUCCCCAGUGUUACUGCAUGAUUCCUGUCUGGAGGGAUAAUCUUGCUCUGUAGCAAAACAAAUGCAGGACAAAACAAAAAACCUGAGACAUUUGCCAUAUGAAAAGUUAUAGGGUUUCAGCAGGAAACUACAGGACAUGCACCAAUUGAAAAGUAUGUUCACAUCAGAACGAUGACAGGUGGAAACGACUGAAAGCGGGAUUGUGGAUAACCGCCCCGAUACCAGCAUGAAUAUGAAUCAUCACAUGUGCGCAAUAAGAAGGAUAUCUGGAGUGGCCCAAAGUACCGUUGAAAGCAAUGGAACUGGUGAUUAACUUUCUCCAUUGCUUUCAAUAGGACCUGUUCACAUAGCUGGAUCGGGCCCACAAUAUUUUAAAAUUGGUCUGAGAGUUGUUUCAUUAUCCUAGCUUCACCCAAGUGGAGCUUUGGGUGAACCACAGCUGCGUGAGGUGCUCAGAGUAAUCUCUGUAGAUCCUUCACGGAAAAGUGUUUCUUGAUCGCUUGGUCAUGACCCACAACAAUGAAAGCAGCUGGAAAGUGGUUUAACUAUGUAAUAUAGACAUAAAGUUCCAGCCUUCAGAAAGUGUGUAAGGAAAGGCAUGGGGAGGAAUGCCCGUUUCAUCCUCAGUCAAGCAUUUACAAAUCCAAAUCAUUGGGUUUGGAUUGCAAACAGUGGUGGCUGGGGAAAGAGAGCUGUUGCCAUCUUAAUUGGAGUAAAGCUGCUGCUGCGAUACACUGUCCACAUAUGGUUGCCCAUCCUGCCAACUCUCCCAUACAGCCCGAUAAAAUAGACAUGUUGCUUGCUGACACACACCCCAAUAUUAAACUAGGUGCAUAUUUAAACAGCUGCACACAGAUUUCAUGAACAUGUGUUUAAUGUAACACUAACAGCUCAUAUUUUGCUUCCUUUCUUGAGUGAGGGUGUUGCCCCUCCCCGAAAGAUAUGAGGAGAAACAACGGUUUUAGAGGUAGUGGGUGCUGGGUGUCGGAUUUGGCCAUGUAUAUUUAAGUAUCUUCAAGGGAUGCGGGUGGCACUGUGGGUUAAACCACAGAACCUAGGACUUGCCGAUCAGAAGGUUGGCGGUUCGAAUCCCCGCGACGGGGUGAGCUCCCGUUACUCAGUCCCAGCUCCUGCCAACCUAGCAGUUCGAAAGCAUGUCAAAGUGCAAGUAGAUAAAUAGGUACCGCUCCGGCAGGAAGGUAAACUGCAUUUCCGUGCACUGCUCUGGUUCGCCAGCAGCGGCUUAGUCAUGCUGGCCACAUACCCGGAAGCUGUACGCCGGCUCCCUCGGCCAAUAAAGCAAGAUGAGCACCACAACCCCAGAGUCGGCCACGACUGGACCUAAUGGACGGGGGUCCCUUGACCUUUACCUUAUUUAAGUAGCUCAUAUAUUGUUUAGUAGAAACUUCUCCCCACAACCACCCCUUGCUUUCCUUCCAGAGCUCCAGCCCCAACUGCCGCCGAUCAAGUUCUGACAUCUCCUACGAAACUUCGGACUGCACCAAAGCUCAACGGGAGUGUCGACUGCGGCCUCAUUUCAGUGAUCCGAUGCCAACAGAUGCUGUGAAGAGGAAACAACUGGAGCUGAAGAUCGCUGCAGCAGCACGGCAGCAUGCCCAGAAGCGCCGGCAAGAGAGAGACUCCAGUAUGCCCCCCUUGCCUUUUGCUUUGUGUGUGAUUUGCAGGGUCUGUCCAUGUCACUCAUAGUUCUGGGUGUGUUUUGACAUUAGGUUAGCAGUCAUCAUUCAGAGAGAUAGCCUCCAAACAUCUCCCACUCAACAGCCGUGGAUUAUGUUUGCAGCCAGCUGUAGCCUCUUAUUCCAGGGUUCCUCCAGAGGAGAGGGAAUACAAUAGCAGCUCCUCCUCCAGUGUGCUCUCUGUCUGUACAAUUCAUAGCAACAGCCAAUAGCCUGGAUUGGGCCCAUACAGGACCAAACUGGCUCCUGGCAAAUGCAGGAAAGGGGGUAUGCAAAAGUAAGGCAGUGUCAUGAGCUAAGCUUCAAUCUAGUGCUUUCUUUGACUUCAUGCAUGAUAUAGCGAAAGGUGAGUAGAACCUGGAACAAUUGUUCUGCAAGUAUACUGAGCAGAUGGAGCCGUCAAUAGGUGGCUUCCGCUUGUUGUUUGCAUAGUUCAUUAGGACAGGCUUGUUCCUUCCAACACACCUGAGCCAAAUUCCAAAUGAGAGCGUCCUUCCCUAGCUGUUGAAUUAAAGAGAGAAAUGUAACUCAGAAGCGGAAUAUGUUCUUUGCAUACUGUCAAGUAGACCUGCUAGCUUGUGGCCCACGAGACUAAACACAGUUGUGCAUUGUGGCGCACCAGGAGUUUGAUAAACCUCUGCUUUUGGGGGGCUGCAAAUAUAUAGAAGCACCUAGCAAAUAUUUGGGUUGGUGGGUCACAAGCUGUCUAGGUCUAUUUUAAAGGAUCUCAGCAGGCAAGGCUGAGGAAACCUUGACCAAGGAAAGAUGGACAAUUUAACCAGUACAAUACAAGGAGGGUUUCUGUCUUUUUUUUUUAUGACCUGCUACUGUGCCUUUAAGAGCAUGCUUAGCCAUCAGGUCAAGCUUUUCUUAGCAUGAAGAAAAAGAAAAUCUUUAUGUAUGUAUGAAAAUGCCAGAAUGUAGCAACAUAUUAUUAAGAACUAGGUUCUCCCUGUCUCUGUAUUCAGGUACUUUGCAGAAUCCUUCCUGGUCACAAGGAGAAAAACAAAACAAAACAGGACAAUCUUUUUACUGUUGGAUGAACAGGGCUGAGGAACAAAACAAUGGGAAGGUUCUACAAAUAGAUUUAUUUUAUUUCCCCCCCCACUCAGGCCCAGUGCUGACGAAAGCCAACCUCAACUACAGCAGCAACGUUGAUGAGAACCACGGCAUUCUGGGCGGCUCCUUUCGUUCCAAACACCGCUGGAGCAACGUCAGCAGUCUCAGCGCCGACAGCGGCAUUGUGGGCGGGAGUGACGAGAGGGACAGUGCCGAUGCCAGCAGUGGAGGGGUGCCAAGGAUGAGGUCAGCUGAGAUGGAGCGGGCGGACAGCGGCAUCAGCCAGGUGCUGAGUAGGAAGUGGAGGAGCAAGGCGUCGGAGACGCUGGCAUCUCUGCAGGCGUGGGAGGCCCACCAGCCUUGCACCGACUGUGGGGGGAGACACUUCCCGCUGGAGACGGAUGUCCAGAACCAGAACAAGAGGCGGGCCGUCCUCUGCGAGAAGUGCCUGAAGUGCCGGACGGAGCGGAAGGAGUCGGUGCUGGAGUUUGUCAACACUGAAACCAGCUACGGGGAGGACCUGCGCAUCAUCAAGGAAGAGUUCUACCUCCCCAUGCAAGCUGCUGGCCUGCUAACACAGGACCAGCUGCUGGUGGUUUUCGGCAACAUACAGGAGCUCAUUGACCUCAACGAAAACUUCCUGGAGUACCUUCAGGAAGAGAUUGAGCAGGCCUUUGAGCAGGUAGCGUGUGCGUGUGUGGUCUCAGAUUUCUUCUCCCUUUCCCUGUGCAGUUAUAAUGACCUACUUUUGCCACUGUAGCUUUGUUACUAUGACACUCAAAGGUUGUGCCACUCAUUAGAAAGGCACAUUGCCUAAUGAGCAGGUAAGGGAAUUGAGAAUGGGUAUGCCUCUGUCUGACUCAUUUUAGCUGCUGAAAUGGGAAAGGGGCCAUUGCUGAGUGUAAGAGUAUCUGCAUUGCGUGUAGGAGGUGCCAGGUUCAGUCCCCACCAUCUCCAGGUAGGGCUGGCAGAGAUGCUACCAGUCAAAGAAGACAGUACUGAGCUAGUUGGUCUGGCUUGGUAUAAGGCAGCUUCCCUGUGCUCUUGUUCCAAAGGGUACCAACUUUUUAUUUAUUUUUUGUCAUUUCAAUUGUGUGAGAAAACAUCUGCCUCUAGAUUAGGGAAGAAGGCCUCAGCUCUGAUUGGAUGCCCCCAGUCUACCACAAGUCGCCUGUGUUUCUUUGUGAUUGACAAGAUACGUGAAUUCAAGACCACUUGGUGAAUAAGCAUCUCAAAAAUCCUUUGUGCCUUGUAGAAUCAUAGAAUCACCUAAGAAAGCCCCCUGCAAUGCAUGAAUCCCUAUGCCAACCUCCCCCAGCCUGGUGCCCUCUAGGUGUUGUUGGACUACAGCUCCCAUCAGCCCCAGCCAGCAUGUCCAAUGGUAAGGGGUGAUGGGAGUUGUAGUCCAAAACAUCUGGCAGGCACCAGGCUGGGGAAGGCUGCCUUACCCCUUGAGUCCCUUUGCCCCAUGUGCUCCUGAACAGACCAGUCUGGGGCUAGCUUUAUGACAUGUGGAAUUGCCCCUUUAGCCCUUUCAAUUUGCUGUGCAGCGAGGCCUACCAUCACUUCGAAAUAUUACUGCAUUUCCAUUGGCUGAAGGAAAAUAAUGCCGGCAGGCAGACGGUUGCGCUAGCACCUCAGCAAAGCGAAUGGCAUUUACACGCCGCUGUGUAUUUAUAUUAUGCCCUGUGCUUUAUUAAGGGCUCUGAAAGAAACAAAACACCCUUUUACCAUGAAAUUAAUUUUUACAGCAGCAUUCAAAGAAGCCCAUCUUGCCCACAGGAGAGCAAUUAAAAGCGGCUUUGCCUGCCAACAAUUGCCGGUGGCCAAGAACAGACGCAAGGCUAGUUAAAUCCUUUAAGUGUUAUUUGAGCCACGCUCCAAACUGGCUCUCUUUCUUGAACGUACUCAAGGUUACUUAUAAUUUGCUGGAACAGCAGUUCUUGAUGGUUCAUUAUUACAGACUAGCACCCUGUGUAUGGCACACGGCUCUGCGCCCUGUUGCUGAACUUUGCAAGUCAAAUGCGGGAGAGAGUAUUAUUUUGAAGGCCGGAUAAUCGCCUUGGGGAAGGGCCAGAGCUCAGCAGGAGAACACAUGCUUUUCAUGCAGAAAGUUCCAGGUUCAGUCUCUGACUUAGCCAUUUUUAAAAGGGAGGGAAGGGGAAGGAUCAGGUAGCAGGUGCAGUGAAAACCCUCUGCCUUAGAGGGCCAUCAGAGAAGACAGUACUGGGUAUAUGGACAAGUAGGCAGGACAGGGAUUCUUCCUGGUGUCGGAGGUCAUGUUUUAUAUACAAAGGUUCAAGGUUUGAUCUCUGGCAUCUCCCAGGUAGGGUUGGAAACGAGUCUUGUGUGAAACCCUUGGGGGUCAGUCCCAGCCAGUCUGGACGAGGGUCAAGGAACCUUUUUCAGUUCAAGGGUUGUAUUUCCUCAUAGCUGACCUUCCAGGGACUGCAUGCUUGUGGUGCGAGCAGGCAAAAGGUUUGUGUCUUUUUAAGCCACGAUAUAAUCAUCCAAAAUGGGGAAAUGUGAUAAUGCUAUCCACUGCGUCAGAGAUGUAGUUGAACUUUUUAAGAUGCUGGGGAGCCAAGGAGGGAAAUCAAGGAUAAUAGAGGAGCUGAGGGAUAAGACCAAAGGUGUAAAAGAGAUCCUGUGAGCCAUUUCCAGCCCUGCCAGUCACAAUUUUAAAAAUUAAUUUAGAACUCAAAAUCAUAUAUGCAAAAUUUGCAUUGCAAUACUUCGCAGGAAUCUGUGUGCAUUCAAAUUUUAAUGCAGUAAGUUUAAAGGGUUCAGAUGUUGAGUGUUCUAUUUUGACAUAUAUGGGGUUGAAAUUUGGGGGGGAAUAGGGUGGUACAGUCUCCAGUUUCAAAACCUCAAAAGUGCAGAUUUAAUCCAUGGAAUUCAACUGAAAUCCAGUUUAACUUGCAAGGAUGCUGCCUGCUAAUGGAUUUCAGCAAACCAUUUAAGUUGGAUGGCAUGUUUCCUUAAUUAUGAAUGUUUGUUUCUGUUUCAGCAAUAGUGUAGUACUCUCUCUCAUAACUGAGCCUCUGUGCUACAGCACCUCAUGCUGGCAAAAAACAGGGAAUGGUCUUGCAGUAGUCUUUUGUGAAAUACUUUUAUCUUUUUUUAAUUAGGAAUCAAAAUGUAACAGAUUCUAAAAAUAUACAUCAGUAGAGUAAAUCAUUAAAAGACAUGGAAGGGAAUAACAACAUGGUUGUCAAGCUGAGAUUAAUCACUUUUGCAUUGUGUUUGCAUACACCUUUAAUGUUCUACCAGAGUCAGUAGAAAAUCAUAAGAAGAUCCCCGCUAGAUCAGGCCAAAGGCCCAUCUCACCUACCAUCUUGUCCUCACAGUGGCCAGUGAGAUGCCUAUGGGAAGCUCACAAACAGAAGCUGAGUUUAACAGCAUUUUCCUCCCUUGUGAUUCCUAGUGACUGGGCUUAGGCCACUGUUUGGAGAAUAGAUUGCAGAAGUUAGCAGUUCAAGGAAAAAACAUGUAGCACUUUUGCUUGUUUUCAGUGUGGAAAGAGCUUAAUUAUUCAGAAUGCAUUCAAGCUGUAGUUCAUGGGAAACGUGGCCAAAAGAAACUCACUGUUGAAACAGCUAUCAUGAGGUGUGUUGCUAACGUGUUGUCCAAGAUCAGCUUGUAAUUAUAUUAGCAGUUGCAGUCAAGGUGGUAGGUCUGGGCUGCAUAUUACCUGGGCAGGGCUGUGACAGGGCAGGCAGGUGAUGCGGUCAGUGCUGUGUGGACACCAAUCUGUUCCUCCUGCUGGUAUGUCCACACAGCCCUGCCUUUGCCGCUGCCCUGACCCACCUCAGCUCCGUAAACUGCAGAGACACCAAUGUCACCAGCUCCACUCCAGCACAUUCGCCACAAUUGAAUAUUAGGCCGGUGGCUUUUAAUGGCCUCUGGUACCUCCACGUCUCUGGCUGAUGCAUUGCCUUGUGUGUUGUGUGUUGGCAGGGCGAUGAUGACCUCAUGACUGUGUGCAUCGGUGAAAUAUUCCUGGAAUUUGUCAAUAUGCUGCCUGCCUUCCAGACGUACUGCCUCCAGCAGUCAUCUUCAGUGAACAUGCUCAAUGCACUGGAAAAAGAGAAGGAGUUACUCAGGUGAGGAGACCUCUUAAUCUUGGGUUGGUAGCAGGACCAUUCAGCGCUUGUAUGAAGCCCAGCAUGGAAGUCUUGUUCUUGACAUGACACCAGAAGUCCUGCAGGCCCCUGGUGGAGUCCCCCAGUCAUCCUAGCCCUCCAAGACCCAGGGCAAGUUUACCCAGCUGUCCCUGGCCCCUUGCACAGGCCUGGUAGGAAGUAUAUGCCUUGGGGCACAGACUCCAUAUCUUUUCCUAAAUGUACUGAGCAUUUCUGGGUAGGUAAUGUAUUCAAGAGAUUAACUGGGUGUGUGUCGGAGGGGUGUGUGGUCUGGGUUAGUGAGUAAGAUAUAAAUUUGUGGAAAUAAAUGAAUUUGAAAUUAUUGUACCUAGAGAUAAUAAUGAAUGGGGGCAAUUGUAAGGGGAUUAAAUGGAUUUGGAGAAAGAUCUGUUGGGAAAACGAGAGUAAAUUAAUUGAAGGGGGGACAGAUCUGGAGUGGGGUGCAAGAUAAUUGAACAUAUUUGGGGUGUCUGGUGAGCUUAUUAUCUGUAAUAUUAAAAUUCUGAAUUUGCAUCUGUACAUAUUAAUUCAGAUAUGCAAAAGUUUGCCUAUGAGCCCUUACUUUUAAGUACUUAGCAACACCCCUUGGAGCAAGUAUGCUUUGGGAGGGGGUGUUCAUCAAUGACCAGGCACUUGCACCAGGAUACAUGGCAUCAACUAGAGCUGAGGAGUUUACCAAUAAAGGCACAUCACCAACUGGGGCUUUAUCAGAACGAUAGAAAGGCUGUGCUCAUCCACCUGUGACAUUCCCAGUAUAGUGUCUGAGUGCUCCCUGCACCUCCAACCUCCUCCCCAAAUCCGUUCUAGAGGGCUGGGGAAACCCUCAGAACAGAUUUAGGGGGUGCACAGAGGACACAUAGGACAUGGGGAGGGUGAAAACAUUCCCUGCACUAUUGCAACUAAUAUGCUAGAUACUGCCCUGUGUCUACAUUUGCAUAAAUUUAGGAAUAUUUAACAGCUAAGAUAUCAACAGCAAGUCUAUUUAACCUUACCUUAGUCAUGCAUUAAACAAGGCCUGAGAACGGAAAAAAAAUAAAAAAAUGUUCCUGAGUCUAGCAAAUCAAGUAAAUGGUUUUGCAGGAAAGCAGUAUAUAUCAAUAAUAUUCUGGGAUCUUAAGUCAUAAUUACUUUGUAAAUGUUAAUUAAUUAAAGAUAACAAUGCCUAAUGUGUAUGUACGAACAAGUCUCUCGGUGUAAGCUUUUCUGUUUUCCUGUACCUGUUUACAAAAUACGUUCUUUUUUGACCUCCCUGCAGGAUUUUCCUCAAUGUUUCCCAGAACGACAACACAGCUCUUCGCCGCAUGAAUCUGCGGUCCUUCCUCAUGGCUCCACUGCAGAGAGUCACCAAGUACCCACUUCUGCUGAGCCGCAUCAUCAAAGCCACCACUGAGUACCACCCAGAUCACAGCAGCCUGAGGGAGGCCAAAAGCCGCAUUGAGUCCCACCUGGAGCACAUAAACAUGAAGACCAAGCAGGAAGGGAACUCGUGGACUUUGCGUUCCUUCCGCCAGGACAGCAAGAAGAACAGGGAGGUCAUUAACAUUGAAAUGAGGGAAACCGCUAUCAAGACUGUGGGCUGGCUGCGGGAAGAAACCCGCUUUGUGAUGGAAGGGCCCUUGCAGCUGGCCCAGCCUCCUGAUGGACAGUGGGUCAAAAAGGGCAGCAAGACCUUAAAAUUCCAGAACAUGCAAGUGCUCCUCAUGGUCAACAUCCGACGCGCCUCUGAGUCUAGCUUUGAACCCGGAGAGCCAGGGCCUGUGAAAGAUGCAGUAUUGGUACUGAUUAGGGACAAAAACAAUGGGAAGUUCAGCUUGCUCAGGGAGCCCUUGAGACUCAGCAACUGUGUGGUCUCUGUGGAUCCCGACUGCGACGACACGUUUGAACUCCUUGAAAUCAGGCGGGAGUCUUUUGUGUUCCGAGAUGGAGACAAGGCACGGACUCACCACUGGUUCAGGCAGAUACGGAGGUACUCUCGGGAGCUGGGCUCCUGGAAGAAGCGGCGCAACGCCUUGCCCAACAUCAUGAUAAGCGCAUCGCACAAUAGGUCAUGAAAGGAUCGCUGACUGCGAAAUGACUUGGCUAAGUAAGCUCAGAAAUUUCCUCACGACCUGCUUUGGGUUGAAGAUCUCCUUUUCAACAAAAAUUGCACCAAGAAUGAACUUCACCUGGCCAAUUAGCAUUGGAGCUAUCCGUAACGAUGUCAUUUUCUACUGAGAAUUCAUUUGUGACGAGUACCACUUAAAUAAGCGUUUCUCAAAUUGAAGGAAAAAAUGUGCCCCGUUUUUAAGCUUGUUAGAUCUUCCAUACAACCCAACUUAGAAACCUCAUUGGGUGUAGCUACCUGGCUCCUACAACCUUUAUGUCUGCUUUGCUCCCAAUUGUGUGGUUCCUACACACACAGUUGCUCCCCUACCUCCGCUACUCCUCUUCUCAGCUGCUCCACAGCCCAUGGUCUCUAGUUUCAGGUAACCCACAGCAGUCUGUGACUGACCAUUCCACCCUUCCCUGUCAGCAAAUCCAUGAGGUAGACACUCAGAUUGUGGGAAAUCUUGAGCCUCUUUAUAGACCUACUUAUCAAUAAGACUUACAAAAUGCUGCCCCCUCUCUUGUAGGUGCCCCACAAACCCUUCUGGAGGCCACAUUCCCCAUUUUGAGAGGCAUUGCCUGAUGAGGUGAUAAAGUGAGGGCCCCAUUGAACUGUCAAAAAGAGGCUGUCAUCUUGAGAGGAGGUUGGUGGCUGACCCUCUGCUUAGUGUAACUGACUGAGCUGGUAGCGAAAAGGAAGAGUGUUGUUAGUUUGAAGACUGCCUGUUAAGUGUGGAGUGAAAGUUAAGCAUGAGCUGUAGGAACAUAAGGAGUUAAUCUGGCUAGCCAAAAUAAUCACUUCAGCACAACUUGGCCUAAGGAGAAAUCAGAGGAGGCUCUUAAGUGGUAAGAGGAGUGAGAUCUAGAUUCUGGGUAAUGGGAAUCUUUUGCACAUUUUGUAAAUAGGUAUAACAGUGAAGACAACAAAAUGUGUGUUGUCUGUCUGAGGGCAAAUAGGCUUUACCCUGUGAAGACUUGCUCAAGGGGGGCAGGGCGGGCCCUUCAGAUUUGUGGCCUACUUGGGAUGUCUUCCUCUAUGGUAAUUAGGGGUUAUUGGCACCAGAUCAUGAGGAGCAGGUCUCUAGAGAGAAAAUAUUGAGCUAAUAUUGUUAAUAAUGUGGGGAUCAGAUAGGAGUGUGAGAUGUCUGACACUGCAUGAUUGUGCUGGGAAAAAGGAAUUUUGACCAUAUAUGAUAGACUGGUUUCAUUGUGCAUAUAUUAUAACAGCAUUAGGCAACAUCCAGUCAAAUUUAGAGCAGUAUUAACACAAUAAAGGAGAAUGUUUAGACAGUAUAAUUAGCCUCAUUUCAGCUUGCUCUCCCAGGAAACAUUUAAUUCAUCCAUCUUUUGUUAGCUUAUCAGUUUUCUACUUCUACCCUCAUGCCCAUGUAGGAACCAGUUUACCGAGUUUUACUUUGCACUGAAUGCAUGUAACACGUAAAUGGAAAAGGAAGCCGAAAUAUAUUCAGAGUUCACUCACAAACAUUCCAGAAUACCUGUAUAAUCCUGUGGAUAAGCAAUACUCUCUCCCUUUACGGAUCACUGGAUUUGUUUGUAAAUGGUUAAAAACCCAUUGUAGAAAUCCAAGGAAUGUCUUAACAUCAGAAAUCGUUCUGAAAUACGCUUCUGUUAACAAGGCUCAAUUACCUCUUCUAGUUUGUGAUUAUUUAAAUGAUGUAAUCUAGUGUAUUUCAAAAUUUUAAUUAAAAAGGAAUCUGUUACAUUAUUGUAGAUUAACAUAAAAUGUUUUAAUAAU